CUUUAGGUCUUGUGCCUAGAAGUAAACAGUAUCCAGCACUCAAUUUUUUUUUUCCUUUCCUCUACCCCUCCUCCUAUCUUACAUCCCUCCCUCCCUACUCCUCUUUCUUCAUGUGUUUCCAUUUAAGACUCACAGUACAGAUGAAAAUGAUUGGCGUUCACAGUCUCCUCUUGACUUCCAGCUGAAGACAUAAGCGAGCAGAACUUGCUUUUUUUCAGAGCAACGCUGUUUGCUUAUUCUUAUUAGUUUACGUGAGGACUUAGUCAUACUGACACUUUUUUUUUUACGUUGAAAAACUUUGCGUGUUUUUUUUUUUCUUUUUCCGUUUUCUUUUCUGACAUACAGGGUUGAAAGCUUCAUGAGAUACAGCCGGCCAAAAAAAUGAGGCCGUUUGAUUAAGUUUUGUUUGCAUUUUCUUCUUUUUUUUUUUUUCUUUCACACUCCUCCUUCCUUCAAAUGUUCUACGCUGCUGCCUUGUCGAGGGCCAGAAAGGAACAUAUCUAUAUGGCCAGCUCUUUGCAAUCAUGCUUCGAGCCAAGAUUGUAUUCUGAUUGGCUAAAAUCGGCUGACAAGUUGACUUAUCAUGAAUCGGAUGGACGUAGGUCGUUCACGAGGGGCAAUGGCUGGAAGCUGGCUCACUGCAUGCUUUUUCCCUUCCCCAGGUGCUGAUAGCAACUGCGACCCCAUGAUCUUGGAGCAAUACGUUGUCGUAUCGAACUAUGAGAAACAAGAAAAUUCUGAGAUCAGUCUAAAAACUGGAGAAGUCGUAGAUGUUAUUGAAAAAAAUGAAAGCGGUAAGAUUGAUUUAUUUUUUCAUUAUUUAUGUAUUUACUUUUUAUAGUUUGUUAUUUAGUUUCAUCCUCCUUGACCCCUUCCCCUAUAGAAAUCUGUACGUUAACCACAUCUGGUCCUGAACUUGGCUGAGAAGGUACAUUUAUUUUCCAGUUGUUUUGGGCUCUGUGCCAAAAAUAUUGUCUUGCCCCAUAAGAUUUCUUCCAACGUAUUAUGUAUAAAUUCUUAAAAUUGCAUUUAGCAUUUAACUAGAGGGACGACACACUCUUAUUUACAAGUAUCGGUGUCCAAAUAAGUAUAAAAAUAAAAGUACAGUUGCUCUGAUUUAAAACAAACAAAAAAAAAACUAUUGCUUGACUAUCGUUUACAGCAGGCCUUCCACAGAGCAAACACAAUGCAAGAGGUUUUUACCUACGUGUAUUGAAUGGGUUUGGUUUGCCAAAGAAAAAAAUAAAAGGUUAUAUCCGCCUUUCUGGCUUAGACUGUGUACAUCCGAGAUGUAGCCUUUUAUUCCAUUGUAAAUCCUCCAAAUCAGGGUGAAGCAAUUAUGAGAUGAAAACAAAGGCUGUGUUUUUUUUAUAUAUCCCAAGGAAGGUAUAUGUGUAUUGAAGUUGGUUUCUAAGAGAUUGCAAGUCACUGCUGGUGUUAUUUACAAAAUGGUGAAUUGUACAGAAUUGAGAAGGGGGGUUGCAAACUUUACACCAAACUUAAAAAAAAUCUCCAAUUUUUUUCCAACUGUAGCUGUUUUUCAAGCAUGGCUAUUUUUGCCUAAAAUGUGUUAUUCCCUUACCAAUUCUGCAGAAUUCCUGGUUUGGUGAGUGAACCCAUGUGUGUCUGAGUGUUUCCCCUCGCAUUACUAAAUAUAUCUACGCCCAGGCACCUCCUCUGUCUAUAAAUGUAUUGUGUGUUUACUUUGCCACCCAAUGACCAUACUGUAUAGCAGUAAACCAUGCAUUGUGUACAUCUCUGUUUUGCUUUGUUUGAGAAUAAGACAGUCUAUUCUUGUUAGAUCUUUUUACAAACUUGUUUCCAGAAUUCCUGCAAAUGUGGCAAGCCGUCUCGGAGAUCCUUUGUACAUUAAGAUUUCUUUUUGUGGUUAGGGGAGAGGAGAGUGGGUGGGGAUCUAAAUUCAAAUUGUCAGCAAACGCUGGAGCUGCCUGGCUUCCAAUCCUAUGUUGAAAGCAUUGGCAAAUGCUUCUCUGUGCUAUGCUUUGUUUGUGUUUAUAGACUAUGUAAUAAUUAAUAACAUUUACCUAGUGUGAUUGCAAACAAGUUGCCUUCUCAGUAGAGACUUGGUUUCAUUGCAAAAUGUAUUGAAUUGAAAGUCAAAUUGCAAAAUGUAUGAAAAAGUGCUUAUUUGUACAUUUUCGCCAACUUGCCUGUAAAUACUGGUAGUGGCUAUGGUGCCAGGAGUUAUCUGACACGCUCCCAGAGUAAGUAGUCGAACCAUUUAAAGGAACAAUCCACCAUAACCACUGUAGCGUGCUAAUUGACAACUCACCUGGGUCCUGCCGGGCUCCCAUUGUAGUCUCCUGCAAGGAGCUUCCUUUAGCUUCACUGAGCAAAGACCGGCUCAUAGGCGGAGAGCAUCAGCUGUGCGUUUUUACCCAAUGAGUGCGGCACUGCACAGACAGCUUAAUUCAGUGGCAGCUUCUGGUAACGGGGAGGUGGCACCAUACACCCAGCAGAACCAAGGUAGAUGGUCAAACGUUUCCUAAAUGGUUUGAGUAUUUACUCUGUCAAGGCGCCUAACUCCCUAAUUACUACAACCGCUGCAGUGGUUAUGGUGCUAAAAGUCACUUUAAUAAAAAAUUAGACCAGUGUAUGUUUGUAUUAAUACCCCUUCUGCAACUUACUUUAAUCCAGCGCCAGUCUCCCUCGGCGUUGGUGACCUCUCUUCCCACUCCGUCAGCUCCCAAGUGGAGCGGAAUGCGCAUGCGCAGCCAGAGCCGCGUGCGCCUUAAAAACGCCCAUAGGAAAGCAGUUCUCAAUACUUUCCUAUGGUCGUUCUGCACGCUGAAUGUGAUUUUCGCAUUCAGUGUCGCAGAAGCGUCUCUAGUGGCUGUCAGGAAGACAGCCACUAGAGGAAGACAGUUUCUCUGACACUGCUAUGUUUACAUCUGAAGGGUUAAACCCUGGGGGACCUGGCACCCAGACCAUUAGUGGUCCUUUAAACUAAAAACUGAGUGUUUGGUUCAUACUGAUAGUGAGUUCCCCUUACCCCUAAGGCAGGGGUGUUCCUUGGAAUGGCAGGGUAGACUUUCUGCAGAAGUCUUUGACAAUUAAGCUCACUGGAAAUCCUUGCAAGAAAUUGUUUUCCUUACCAUAAACAUGUAAGAGAAAAAAGAUGGUUGCCAUGAUUAUACAUUAUUUGUCAUUAUUAUACAUACCUGGGCAGUAGCUAUAUGUUCCCUGUAAAUCUGUGGAACAAGAAAAUGCCUGCACUCCUAAUUUUUUACAUUGUACAAAACAAUGGGAUAGUCAAUUUAAGGUAGACCCCAAAAUUGUAUAAACAUAUUAUUUUGCCUGCAAUACUACAGAAUUAAAUAGCUCGGCCAGUGAAAAAAAACAUUGAAUUGAAGAAAAUUCUUUAAUAUUAAUUACAUAUUCCAUAAUGUUCCAUUAAUAAGUGCCCUAUAAAAUAUCUAUAUACAUUUUUGAAUAUGAUAAAUGUACCAGGGGCAUUGUGUUACUACCCCCAACAGUGCUGGAACUUGGCCAUCUGGCCAAGCACAUAAAGUAGGGGUUUACGUAAUAAAGCAAGGAUUGCUUUUUAGACCAAAAUAGCAGAAUUGUAGACUCUUAAAGGACCACUAUAGUGCCAGGAAAACAUACUCUUUUUCCUGGCACUAUAGUGCCCUGAGGGUGCCCCCACCCGCUCUGGGGGGGAGGAAGGGGUUAAACUUACCUCUUUCUCCAGCACCGGGCAGGGAGCUCUCCUCCUCCUCUUCGGCUGAAUGCGCAUGCACAGCAAGAGCCGCGCGCGCAUUCAGCCAGUCCAUAGGAAAGCAUUCACAAUGCUUUCCUGUGGACGCUGGCGUCUUCUUACUGUGAUUUUCACAGUGAGAAACGCGGAAGCCCUCUAGCGGCUGUCAAUGAGACAGCUACUAGAGGCUUGAUUAACCCUAACAUAAACAUAGCAAUUACUCUGAAACUGCUAUGUUUAUAGAAAAAAGGGUUAACCCUAGAUGGACCAGGCACCCAGACCACCUUAUUAAGCUGAAGUGGUCUGGGUGCCUAUAGUGGUCUUUUAACCUUUCUACUAUUUGGACCAAAGACAUAUCUAUUUCCAUUCUUGGUGUGGUUGUAGACAUAUAGGAAUAUAUCAUACCAGUCUAAACAAAUAGGAGUGCCAAAAACACUGUCCUCCUUCCCCACAUACUUUUUUUUUUCGUGACCUGAAGUGUAUAUUGAAACAAAGAUGAUCAUGGUUAAUUCAGUGCUUUGAAAACUGAACACGGUCUUAGAACUGCAUAGAAAAUUCCAAACCCAGUGUUUAUUCUUUAGAAUGCAUCCUCUUAAAAAUCCCAAAUCUACUAUUUAUGUUUGGUCUGUGACCAGUCGGUUAAUGACACAGUAUCUCUAGCACUGACAACAUAUAAACCAAGUUGUUUAACUAAAAUUUCAAAACAAAAAUAAUUUUUAAAUAAAACAAAGAUUACUUAAAGGGACACACUGUGAAACAUAAUCACUUGCUGCAGUUGUCAUGCAGCCUGGAGAGUCUAUGCGCAUUCCCCAGUGUAAUGUCAAACCGUAUAGAAAUGGUUUGACAUAAACCAGGGCUCUUCCUGAAUUUUGGAGGCUGCCCCUUCCUCGGCCACAUUACUAAUGCAUAUCGUACAGUGCUGCAUUAUUAAUAGAAUUUUAUUCAACUAGGAUUGAAAUGACUGGCUGAGAGAGCUGGGAGCAGAUUAGUCCUAUACUGGAUAAACGGAUAUUGAUAACACGGAAGUUGUAAAUCAACAUGAUUACGGUGUCUAAGACGAUGGCGUUGUUUGGUCACCGGGAAGAGCCUCUGCUUUUGCCAAACUUUUCCAAAACAGUCUGUAUUCCUAGCACUAUAUUAUCCCUUUAACAUCAAAGUUGUAUUCCUAGCGCUAUAGCUUCCUCGUUCCCACCUCUCAGGCAAAGUAAGGGUUAAAAUACCAUUACUGUACUUACCUGAUCCCAGCACAGAGGUGUUGGCUUGGCGCUCUGACACCUCCAACGUCACCUGACGGGAGUGCUAAUUCGCAUGAGCAGCUAACCCUGCAAGCGCAUUAGACCCUUCCCAUAGGGAACAUUGCUGCAUUGCUUUCCUAUGGGGAAUUGACAGACUCUGGAUGUCCUCAUGGUCGCCUAACCACCUGUAUAAAUGCCUCUAGUGGCUGUCUGAUUUCUUAAAAACUGCAAUAAUUACCAAUAACUACCAUUGCAGGGGUAAGGGGACUCCCAAACAACUUCAAUGAGCUGAAAUGGGUGCCUAUGGUGUCCCUUUAAUCUGCUGUGAUGGUUAUGUCACUUAGAAUCCCAUUUACUAUAAUAACGAAUUCCAGAAAUCCUAAACCAUUUCAGACUUUAUUUAAAUUUUUGAAGCGGUUUCAGGACAUGACGGCUGUUAGGAAACACAACUACAUUCUUGUGGCAACUCACUGCGCAUGCACUAGAAGAUCUGUGUAGGAUAUGUAGGAGUACAGAUAUGAUGUGAGUGCUGGCAGUCAUACAAAUGUCAGGUGAGCUGUUUAACCAGCCCAAAGUUGAGUAUCUGUAACAAGACUCGUCCAAAUAUUUUAUGAAAAAAAAUAAACUCCCCAAACACCAGAUUUACAUAUGUUUAGGUUGUGAAUAGCUUAUUGCUCUGCGUUUAUCUCCUUGUGUCUGCUAUUAAAUCUAGUUCAGCUUUAGUAUGCUAAAAUGUAUUGAUCUGUAUCCACUCAGCCCUUCAUGAUAUUGUGUAUCUCUAAACUAACUUGUACAAGCUCUCUCAAAGAAAAGCUUGGAUACAAUACAACAGUCGUGUAUGUGCUUCCUUGUGAGUAUUUACAUUCAUGGGAAAACAUGAAUGAAACAACUCAGCAAGUUAAAAUUACAAAUAGAUUAUUUUAUACUUGACCGUUCUAACAGGAAUUUGACAGCUGAACUGCACAUACUCAUACUUCCAUGAAAAUGGGACAAUAAGGAUUUUCUGUGCAGUGCAAGAAUGAACAAAUCUACAUCAUCACUGUCCAUUUUGUCCAAACAGUGGAGACUGGGUUAACCCAUCCCCAGCAAUCUCAGCCAGGGAAACCCCGUAAGGCAUACAUUGAGAAGUUAUGAGGGAAUCUCUUCCUAAGUCCUCAAUCUCAGAACAUAAAACCUGGCUGAGGUGGCACACCAUCCUUGUUAAACAUUACAGACACUACUGCCGAUUUAAUACUUGAGACGCUAUGGCCACAUUAACCACUACAUCCACAUGUGGUGGCAGUGUUCAAAGGUCAGAAUUUCUAUCCGUAUAGGAACCUGUUAGGACAUUGAAAACAGUAUACUCCUUUAUGUUUUCCUAAAUCUGGUAUUUCUAUUAUCCGAACCAUUAAAACUUAAAAAAAAAUAUGAACAUUGCAGCUCGAUUUUGUUUGUUUUCUGUGAAAGCUUUUAUACAAUAUGUUAUAGAUGCGUUCAAAAUAUUACCAUACAGAACUCAUUAAUUGAUUGAAAAUAUUACAUCCAAGAUACAUACUGUAGGUUGUUAUAAUGAUUGGAUUGUGACCGGUCACUGUAAUGCUCGAUGUUGGUAUUGCUUUUACAGAAUCAGCAGGUCUCUUGAGGUAGCAGGGGGGAUUAAGAUCUAAAUGGGACCUAGGACAUUUUUAUGAUAAUGGGCACAUAUUUGAACUGAAGUGUGUUGAUCUUCAAAGGCUCUUGUUGACAUGCCUAAACUUCCAUGUUCUAGCAUUUUGCAAUAGUCAUGUGCCAGUUGCAACAGGAGAAUGUAAAUUAAGAACAUAUUUGUUUUUUUCUUCUUCGUCUUAAGAAAUCGUGUUUGGAAAAAAAUAACCACAUACCCCAUGUAAAAUUUUGGAACCAAUUUUUAUUUUUCUUCUCAGAUUAAUGAUUUGCAAAGCAUCUCUGUGGAGCAAUCUCCAUAGUAACGAGUAGACGCAAAAACAUUUGUUGGAUUGCCACGGUGAUUGAUCCAAAUGAAGUGUUUGUCUGCUUGUACCACCUUUACGCCCUCCCGCAUCCUGAUGUUUGACGCACAUUUUAUUUUUAUAGAAGUCCCAUUGGCCUCCCAAAUUGUUCUCUAGUAUUGGACUAAUUCAGUUUUAAAUCAGAUCAUUCACAGUGAUUGAAACUGGUUUAUUUAUGCACAUUUGGUACCACAGCCAACUCCAUCUUACUCACUAUUCCUUUACUUCACUUUCCACCACAAUAGCCACCACACCCCACGUCCUUAUUUCCUGUCCCUCCAGGAGAGCCAGUUCUGGCAGCUUCCAACUGUAAAAACAAGACGGCAUGCCUUUCGUUACGGCAUCAUAACGGUCGUUCUGGAACUGCCAGUUUUAACAGGAAUUGGCAACAUGAGUGCCACAGUUAAGAAUCUGUGAGAGAUGUGAGUUAGUGGGAGGAAGGCGUAUUAGAAGUCCCCAUUGUCCUCAGGCACAAUCCCACUCACUCUCCUUGUCAUUACAUGUUGUAAAACACCAAAAAUACUGCUAAACUAGGAGUGAUGGAGAACAAUCCUUGCUUUAUCCGUGGAACAUGCUUGUCUAUGUCUGUCCAAAUGGAGAUUUUCACUGCAUGUUUCCCCAGCAACGAUGUAUCCCUGUAUUGUAGUUCAUUAAUCCAAAACAUUUUUAGGUUUGUUUUUUUUUUUAGUUUGUUUUUAAAAAAAAUAAUAAUAUUUGAGUCUUAGUGUAAGGUACAGAUAUCAGAGUAUUAUUUUUGUACCACAUGCAAAAGUGAGAUUUGACUCAAUUUUCAGCCUUUUGGUUUCUCACCGUAUUGUCACAGUAAGAGAGGUAAGUUCAGGUAACUAAAUCUGGAAUUCAUUUGUUAAAGAAAACCAUUCACAGUAUAAUAGGAAAAGAGAUUUGUUGUUUUUUUCAUUUUUGUUUUUUUAUGUGUAAGCACUUUUGGACAUGAAACUCAUGAGGCAACUUGCUGGAAGAUCUCUCCCCCUUCACUGUCCGCCUCAGACUGUGUUUGUUGGUAAAGUUUGUUUCAUGGUAUUUGCCAUUCACGGUUUGUGGUUUCUUUUUGGUAUUUUCCUAUGGUAUCCAGCUGUCGAGUAAAUAUUCUCCUCAUCAUGAAAUACAAGAAGCAUCUGUAGUGGGAAUGUUCCUAUGCUCUUUACAUAUUUUUAAGGACCUUAAAACAGUCCCAAAUAACACAGGCCCUCAUGCUCCCUCACAUCUGGUCAGUUAAUCACAGGAUGGUGACAGUGACAGGGUGCUUUGGAUGUUCUGUGGUUCUCUGACCCUACAAAUGUAUUCGAAGACACAGACUUCUGUAUGUUGCUGGAGUAUUGUAGAGCUGUUCUGUGAAUCCCAAAUUGGAGAUGUCAUGGUAAGGGGUUAAGAGCAUUUUGGGUGCAUGCUUACAGCGAAAAUUCUGUAGUUUCAUUGAAUGCCAAACUGCUCACAGCUGCUCUGAGUUGACUUUCUAGUUAGUUUACGCAAUCCUGGUGGAGGAGGGGGCCAGGGGGAACGCUCCGAUAACCGAUGAAUAUAACGGUAGUUACUGGCAGUCCUUGACUUACAUUUAUAUCAUGAACUCAUUACAAACCUUAACUUGAAUUAGAUUGUGGCUGCCUCUGCCUACCUUUGUGCUGUGUUCUUUCUAGUGAGCUACAAGCACUCAAAGUAAUAAUGCCCCAUUAUCAACCCUCCCCAAAGAAGAUUUAACAUCUCUGUUGUCUUCUACAAUGCGUUGUGGGAAAAGAUAAGGGGGAAACAGUAGUGCUUGCUGAAUAAAAUAAUAUAAAUAUAACAUCUCAGAUAAAUCCAAACACCUUAACUGAGCCAAAGAUGCUGCUAAAUUCUGCAGAAUAUUAUAUAAUAUAUUAUGGGUGAGCCAUGUCUCCAUCAUAGGAACAUGACGGGUUACGGGUCUGCUGACACAUUGAGAAAAGGAAGAAUAACUUGUAAAAGUCCAUCUGUUCUUGGUGCCAGGAUAUGCCCGUUCUGUAGCCUCACCCCUUCCCUUGCACUUUAUAUCAGAGAUAGUAAUAAAAUAAACUGUCAUAGGGUGAUGGGAGUUUUAGUCCAACAACAAGCCAGAGGAACUUUCCAGCUUUGGUGUAUAAAGUAUCCAUUGGUAUUUGAACUAUGUAGCCAGGCCUCGAACACUAUGCUUUGAGCCAGAUUCCGGCCUUGGCUUCUAUGGAGACAGUCUGGAAUCUGUGACAACUUUGUUUGCAAACAGUUGGCAAGGUUUAUUUGUAAACAGUUGGUCGCAUUAAGGUGUGCUUUACCAGGAAAGAUUGAUGGGCUUUCUGCCAUUAGGCUGUUAAUAAUAUAGCGCGAGGCACAAAAAAAACACUAUGCUAAAUUAGGGGAUUAAUGGGGUCUAUAACCAGCUUUGGCAAAUGCUAUAUAAAUGAUACAUGGGGCUUGUGCAAGAGUCUGGGAUGUUUCCUAUAGAAAACUAUUAUCGUAUAUUUAAUAGGAAAGUAAUUGGAUGACCAUGCUGUUUACAUUUUAAAUGUUGCGCAAUAAAUACUGCACUCCUGUGGUUUUUCAUCUCUUUUUAACUGCAGUUACUGACACAGGAAGGCUAAUCCGAAAAUGUUUUAAUACGCCCUGCUUAUUAUUAUUAUUGUUAUCAUCACCAUUUAAGUAGCGCCAACAGAUUCCACAACGCUUUACAAUAUUAUGAGAGGAGGGAUUUAACUAUAAAUCGGACAAUUACAAGAAAACUUACAGGAACGAUAGGUUGAAGAGGACCCUGCUCAAACAAGCUUACAGUCUAUAGGAUCAGUGACUGUGAAUGUCUUCUAAAUUCUAUAUGGAAAACACAGCAGCCUCAAAAAAUAUGUAAAAAAAAUAAAUAAAUCCUAUUUUGGAAUGGACUCUUAUUUUAAAGCCUCAUAUAAAUUGGGCGUUCCCAACCCAGUCCUCAAGUACCCCCUACCAGUGCAGGAUUUAGGGAUUAUCCUGUUGUGCCGAAAGCUGUUUUUUUUUUUUUUUUCUUCUAAUAGCAACUUUGACACAACUGGGUAAUCACUAAAUCCUGGACUGUUAGGGGGUACUUAAGGACUGGGUUGGGAACCCCUGCUAUUAAUCAUACAAAUAAAAUAAAAUAAAAAAUAAUAAUAUAAAUAAUAUAAAUGCAUUUUAAAUAGGUGAGCUAAACAACUGAACUACUACAGUUGCUGUAGUGAGUUUGUGAUCUAAAGUACCCUGGUUUAAUGUUAAAUAGUUUAGGACUACUUGAACAUAAAUAGACUAUUGGUGAUUGCUCUUUCCUCAACUGUAUUCAUUGUAUGAAAGUCACUUUUCCACCUUAUUAAUGCCAGUUUUCAAAAACCUGGAUUAGGGCCAGGCUUACAGUUUAUUGUGCCCCCUUCAUGGUUUUGUCAGGUGGAGAGGCAUAGUGACUCGCCCUCUUGUGCAUAGCCAGCGCACCCUGUAUGUACAAGUUGGAUGGACGUUGACUGCAAGUGUGGAAGAUUGUUUUUUUCUUUUGACAUCAGAGGGAGAAAUGUCAGUCUUAUAGCUGCUGUUACUUUUACACGACACAGCAGGUAUUAGAUGCUGCAUAUUGACUCAGUAACCAGGGACCUCUUUGCAUCAUCAUCUGCAAAAUUGGCAUUGAUUUUCAUUACCAGAUUAUGCUGGCCGCAUGUGUCUUGAUGAAAGUGAUACUGGGCAAGUGCCAUAAUGUAUGUCUCGCUUUGAAAUUAUUGGACAUUCAGAAUAUGGUAUAGAAUAAAUUAUGACUCAUAUCUUGACUACUGGUAUUUCUGAAUUAUCUGGAAAUUGGUUUAAAGGAUAAUUCAGGACAUGUAGUUAAUAUCCACAUGUGAUGGCUAACCAGCUGCCAAAAUUUAAAUUAUUGGACAGCAUACAUAGAAAAAUAAUCUUGUAAUGAAACAAGAUUGUUUUAGUAUUUUAAAUUUUUUUUACAGUUAAACUGUGUAAAGAAUAGAACACACAGAGCCUUCUGUUUGGUUAGGGAAAAAAAUCUUAAUUGGCUGAAAUAUAAGUAUCCUUUAAUAUGUCACUAAUUAGUAAAAUAGUUUAACUCCUUAAUGAUAACAUAUUAGAUUAAUCACAAUUCUGUUUCCAAAGACUGUUUGCCUGCGUAGAACUUCCUGUUCUUUUGCCUUGGGUGGCUUUGUAGUGUCCUGUAGCCAUUAGAGGAGUGGGUAGUUACAAUUUAAAAUAAUUAUUGAUAAAUUAUUAUGAUGGCACAGUCGGUCAUUGAUUCAACCUAUUUUGUCUGGACAAUAUUGUUGCUUGUUUGGAGAUGGUCAGUUAAGAAAUCAUGUGACUACAACAGCGAGUGUGCUCUAUAGAGUUACAUAUGGCUAUAGCCUUUAUUUACUAAGGGGGGCAUAUUCACUAAAUUAUUAAUUUCACUGGGAUCGGUUAUUGAAUUGCUAACAUCAGUCCAAAUAGGCUGAGUUGGUUAUCUUUUCCUAAAAUGUAUCAUUCCUUUGUCAAAUACAUACUUAGUUUAGUAAAUGACCCCUAUAUAGCUAAUUUAUUUAAUUUGGUUUACUUUUGCUCCUUCAAAUUUUCCAAAUCUUCUAACCGAUAAUAUUACACUCUGAACGUGACUUGCCACGUAGAGGACAAUUCACAGGGGAUUAAACUUCCACUGUAUAUUAACCCAUGCAGUUUAUUUAUAUAUGGUUAUUUAUAUUUUAAGCGCCAUAACUGGGAAUACGUAAAGGAACACUGCAAGCGCCAGAAUCACUACAGUCAAUUGUAGUGGUUGUGAUCUUAGUAGUGCCAUGGCGUCCUCACCAUUUAAGAAUGGAAGGACAACUCAUCUGGACAUGCCAGGCUCCCAUCGCCACCUCCCCUGCAGCCAGGUGUUCCUACCACAGAGCUAAGCCCAGCCAUGCAAAGCUGCAUUCAUUGUUUAUCCGCAAUUGAGCAAUGCCCUGUCUUGGUUAAAAGGCAGCCGGGGAGGUAGUGGUAGGCACCCAGUAGAAUCCAGGUAAGUCCUCAAAUGAAACUGUUUACUGUGGGAGGAUGACAGGACACCCCUAGCACCAUAACAACUACAGAAAAAGGCAAAUGUAGUGUUAUAAGAGCUAUAGUACUUCUUUUUAAACUAUUCACAAACUAUUUUUAUUUUUUUCGGACCAAAAGCAUAUUAUGUAACCUAAGCUACUCCUGCUGUAAGCGCGGUUGCUUUAUCUUUGUGUUUAUAUUACGUAACCUAGCAUUAUUGCAGGACUCUCUUUUAUAUAAAGCCAAACUGGUAUCACACAGAGAUGUAAACAGAAAAAUGCUUACCCAACAUUUAGUUUAUUUGCAACAUGCUAGCUACCAUCCAUGUCAGCACUGUACAAUGGGUAAAUAAACCCUACAGGGAAUUUGUGAUAAAAUAACUUAAUUUCAUGCUGACAAGCUUGAGGCCCUUCUUAAGGAGGCAAAUACCAGUUCCAGUCUAUUUACCGUCAUUGUAAAGCAUAUAAAUCACUUCAAGUUGUGACGGAGUAUCUCAAGUCAAGCUUUGACCUGUUUUUCUAAACAGUACAGGGAUAAACAAUUUUAUGAUUUGUGUGAUUUUUGCCAUUGCCUCCUAGAGAGUAUGUAGUGCUUGGGAAUGAUCUUUGGGUAGUUCUGUUCCAGAAAAACAUCACCAAUGUACAUGAAUACUUAUUUUUAAAUAAGCAUUAAAUUCAGCAGAAUAAAAAGGCCUCGACUGAACUCUGUGGACAUAUUAAUGGGUAAUCAUUCCUCUGCUUCUUUGCAUGUAUUGUAUGUAUGUAAGAUAAUAUUAUGGGUUAUGGGAAAAUAUGUAUUGUAGACCAAUUGACUUUCUGUACCUUAUAUAAAAGAAUAGUAACGGCUCAUUUUUUGCACCACAGUGUUUUUUGUAAUGUAAAAUAUACAACAGUUAAUAGUAACAUUGUAUAUAGUACACUGAUCAGCCACGACAUUAAAACCACUGACAGGUGAAAUGAAUACCAUUGAUUAUAUCAUUACAAUGGCACGUGCCAAGAGGUGGGAAAUAUUAGGCAGCAAGAGAACAGUCAGUUCUUGAAUUUCAUGUGUUGAAAAGAUCCGAGUGACUUUGACAAGGCCUAAGUAGUGAUGGCUAGACGAAUGGGUCUGAGUAUCUCCAAAACGACAAGUCUUAUAAGGUGUGCCCGGUAUGCGGUGUGUUGGUACCAACCAAAAGUGGUGCAAAGAAGAGAGAUUGUUGGAGACCAUGUACACUCCUUCAUGACAAUAGUAUUACCAUGUAGCUUCUUCAGUAAGACAAUGCACCCUGACAAACUGCAAAAAUUGUUCAGGAAAUGUGUUGAAGAACAUGACAACGGGUUCAAUAUGUUGUCUUCAAGGUGUUACCUUGGCUUCCAAAUUCCUCCAUCUGUGGGAUGUGCUAGAACAACAAAUCUGAUCCAUGGAGGACCCACCUAGCAACUUGCAGGACUUGAAGGAUCUGCUUAGAGAGUUGUUUUGGUAACGUGAGAGGAACCUACAUAUAAGGCAGGUUGUUUUAAUGCUGUGGCUGAGCUGUGUAAAUAUAAUGGUUAAUAAUAUUAGUGGUAUAUUUCAAUUAAUCUGUAAUAGAGCUCAUAAUAUAGUGAUUUUUAUGAACAUGAAUUUCCUUUUGCUUCUACUACAUAGAAUACAUGUUACAAGGUCCAUAUUAAGUGACCAAUCGGGAAUGAGUCAGGUGCAGAAUAGGAAAUACAGUAUUACAAACACAAGAGUAAGUGGGCAAUAAGAAAACUAUUGUGUACAUCAGGGCUGUCCAACCUGCGCCCCCCCCCCAGAUGUUGCUGAACUACAACUCCCAUGAUUCCCUGGCUAUCUUUUUAAUUGAAAGAAUCAUGGGAGUUGUAGUUCAGCAACAUCUGGGGGGCCGUAGGUUGGACAGCUUUGGUGCACACACUAUUACACCACUGAAGAAAGAAAAAAAAAUUGUUUUAUUUUUUUUUUUUUUUUUAGGUCCACUUUAAGCCUAUUAUUUAAGUUGUAACAUUGAAUUGGAAUGCACACACUACCGCUGCUGCUGCUGCAAUUCUCAUUAGCAUGAUUACCUCAUGUAGGCUUGAUUCCUGUCAGGGCUAAAUUCCGGUUAAUGCCAAUGAAAUGAUGAAAAGAGGUCGGUGUCCAUAAUUAGCCUUCUGCUUGCCAAAGCUUUGAUGCCAAAACUAGAAGGAAAAAAAAUAGAUGCUUAGACAUAUAUAAUAAACCUUAAAUAUUUUUUUUUUUUUGCGUAAAUUUAACAAGAUCAUUUUACAUUUGUACAGUUUUCUAAAGCAAUAUUUGACCGUUUUUUAUUUAAUUUCAGUAGCUGGAACCAAAAUCUAAUAUCACGUGACACCUUGUAUUCACACUAAGAAUGUCAGUGCCCCUAACUACACCCAUAUACAGCACCCACUGGCCAUCAAUAUCUCAUACAGCACCCACGUGGCACAUGUACAACAGACAGAAAAAAACGUGGCCUGUAUAAUGCCCCAAAUACACAAGAGACAUUCAUAUUUAUUUCAUACGUUACUACACGACAUCCUGUAUUGUUCAUACAGAUCAUCCUCUUAAUAUAUUAUCCUUUUAUAAAUGGAUGAUCUGAUUGACGUAUAUUUUUUUCAUGUUUCUGCUGAGAUUUUGUGUAUCGUAUAUUUGCAUCUAUUUAUGGGAACUAUAUUUUUUCGCAAUUAUGUAAUUAAAUUGUGUAACGUUACCCCUGGUUGGGCCUGAUUUAUAACCAUGCGCUCAUAAAUUCCAUUCCCUGCAAACCAGCCUAUAAAUAAGGGUCAUCAAACAAUAUGUAGAAGUCACAUGCCAACGGAAUUACCUGAAUAACGUCUCGUCCUGUGGUGUGCUGUCUAAAAUAAAGUCAUUGAUUAUGACCUGCCCUCACCAGCAUACAAGUGGCUGAUAUUUUAAAAUGAUUUAAAAAAAAAAAUAGAAAAAAGUGGAGUACGAAGUAAUAUACACAUCAAGAUCCAUUUCCAAUACAGAAAUAACAAAGCAUAUGUAAGGCAUCAGAACAAAAUGCAGAAUAGAAACUUUGCAGCAGAAUAAUUUUCAAGUGUGUUUAGUUAGGCUUUUGUCCCGAACCCCACUCUCCUCCUCUUGUUUUUUACUACAUAAAUUUAAACACAGCCAUCCAGAACCAUGGUGAAAUUACAAAAGUGAAAAAAGAACUGAUACAAAAAAAGAACACUGAAUACAUAUACAUAAAAAGAGCCGGACGGAUAUCCUCAAUCCCCACUGCCAUUUUGGUCCCACUGGUCCAGAGAGACUUGUCCCAUUUUGCCUUCCUGGAACAUUGAUCUGCCCAUUGCACUGGUAAUUGUGUGUCUAGUAAACGUAUACAAUUAAAGCUAUUUUAUUCAGUGUAGCAGUUAGUACAUAUCUGGGUCCCUUGAGCCUUAGAUCCUGUGCCAUAUACAAAUGGAACUGAGUGAUUGCACUUGCAUCUUUUAACACCUAAAUCACACAUGUACACGCAUUGUGGUAUACCAAGUACAUAAUUUAAAAUGCUCCAUCACGUUUGAGUUUUAGCUUAGUACUUCACCACAAAUGGAACACUAGGCAUGGAUGUGCCUAUUGUCCGUUGGAAAUUUAGGGCCUGAAUAUGUAAAAUACAUUAUUUCAUAGUAGCUGUUUAUAUUUAUUCAUGUCAAAUAACUGUGAUUGAUCAAUCAGCCUCAUAAAAUAUUGCCCUAUCGUUUUUAAGAAAUAUGUUGAUUCCAAAAGUGGGGUUGUCAGUGCCUUACAUUCAAAUAUAUUGGAAACAGUCCCAAGCACACACAUUUCAUUUACCAGAUAAUAGCAGCAGAUUAUAAUGGCUUGAGAUAAUCUCAACUGUUUUCUUGAGAAGACCCCCUGGAUCUCCCGAACGCAAGGUUUGCAUAAAUGAAGAAUGUCAUGAGGGAAUACCGUAUAAAAAACCCAAAACGGCACACGAAGACUGGCAGACUAAUGGUUUCUGCUAACAGUAAUCUCCAAGGGUUGGAAAAUUGUAAACCUUGGCUCAAGCAGAGCUGUUACUAGACACUGGCAGAGACACUGCUUCCAUCUCCAAGUCUCCAGCGAGAAUUUCAUGCUAACUGAAGUCAUAUGUUAUGAAAUCGUAAAUUGCAUUCUAACGAUUCAAAAAGGAAUAGAUUUUACGGUUCCCGUCAGGCUGGAGAGCAGGGUUUGUCAAAACCGAGCACCAACGGUACAAACACCCUUUAAAGGCAGAGUUUCUCCAUUUUGCUUUUGUUUUUUCAUGUGGCCUAUUAAAACAGUCCUACAUGAUCCCAUUUAUGAGACAUAAAAAUGGUAAUGGAAACACCUCUGGAGUAGGUACAGUAAGGUUAGGAGAGCAGUGCUAAGCACUGCUACAGACUUGACUCGUCAGCAAACCGGUUUUCCAAUAGGGUCACUGUUUGGAUUUUGGAUGAAGAUGUAUAGAUGUUUUUCCCAUUUUAUGAAGAUGUUAAAAGUUGUUUCUCUACUGUAAGCCCAAUGAAACCUUGACGGGUACAAACCAAUUUUUGGCACAAAAAGACAUUGGUUUUAUGUAUAACAGUUAUGUUCGCUGUAACGUGAUGUGAUUUUUUUCUAUUUCUAUGUGUUCAAUUGCCUAUUUAUAUAGUAUAUAGUUUAGCCCAGAAGAGUUGCAGGUUGCCUAAAUCACACGUAACGGGACUGUAACUAGCCCCUCGGCAAACCAAGUGCAAAUAACUCUGAUUGCGCCAUGUUCCAAGCAGAAACACUGCACAUCCAGACUCCAGCACCAUGGCCACGUUAAAUCACUGAAGUUCUCAUCGUGGUUGGAGUAACCAUUUUAGGUAAUUGUAACUAACAAAGCUUAUCAUAUGUGUUGCAACCUCACCCAAGGAAGAGGCUCUUCGUAAAUUAUGACAGUGGGAUUCUAGAAUCUAUUACCAGAGACCAGAGUAAUGAUAGAAACAAAAGGAUGCUUUUUAAAGCAGGCACCAUCUUGAAAACAUAAACUGAGAUUUUAACAAUAAUCAUUUUUCAGGUCUCAGCCGAGAAGUGGUUUCUUCUGUUUGGCUAUUGUUCAACUUCCUUAAAAUGUGAAUACUUUCAUUCUGGAGACCUAAGCAUGUGGGUUGGUAUUGGUAACGCUUUAUAAUUCAACUACAUGGUCUUUACAUUGAGGAAGAGCAUUGUGGCCUUAAUUUAAAAAAAAAAAAAAAAAAAAUGUAAAAAUUAAAAAUGUAUCCAGCUGUCUGUAAUCCUGCCAUAGUUCUGCCUAUACAACGUUUUACCUAAUUUUGCCCUCUUUGUGCAUGAUCAGAACAUUUAACUACUGUACAUAGUAUAGCUCAACAGAGUUUAGAAAGCAUUAUAUUGACAGAACAAGUGUUGGAAUUAACCCCUUGAAGGCUAAUCACAUGCCAAGAAUGACAUGGUAAGGCAUUUGGCCAACUCUGGUCAUGGAGAGGCUGCUAAGGCUUGUGAUAAUAUUGUUGUUGUGCAUAUUAUGGCUGAGCAUGCUGGGAUUUGUAGUCUAAUAGCCAGCUGGCUGCUUUCUUGCAUGGACCAGCACAGCGUAUUGAACGGUUUCUAUUCCUGGGAUGUGUAAUUUCCUCAAUUUAUGGAACAUUUGGGUAUGUGCUUUGUUUUCCAUUCUGUAUGAGGUACUGCAAGAUUUGUAUCUGCACUUUGUCAAAACGUUUAGACUACAUCUUACACGCAAGAUUUGCACCAACGUUUGAAUUACUCCAAUACUUCUUUACUACAGUGUGUUAUCUGGCUGUGAAGGCUGAGUUCUAGAGGUUGGACAAGGCAUUGUCAUCUUUUCCGGUGCGUUGUUGGUUCCUAGCACACAAAGGGUGAAAGCCCCUCAAAAUUAAAUUGAAAAAAAAUAUGGUAAUCUAGUACAGCCCUUGAUUUCUGUUGUGUCCUUUGUGUAUGUUUUUUGAUUUCCGUAUUUUGUGUCCGUUAAUGCCCUUUAAUGUAAUAGCGGUGUUUAAUCAUUCCCUCAUGUUUGUUAAAAGAAGCCAGUUAACACUGUUGUAUUAAAUACAGCAAACUAGAAAUUAAAUUAAAUAACGUCACAAGCUGGCAUUUCCCUACCCAGUGUUGGGCUGGGUGAACAGAAUGGUUAAAUGUUUUUAUUUUAUUUUUGUUUAUUGUCUGAAUUAUGUUCGUGGCUUAAAGUGCAUAAAUAGUGGAUAAAGAGGUGAAUUGUGAUUGAUACAUUGUGAUAAAUACUAAGUGGGACGGCCUAGGUACACAUAAUAAAAAAAGAGAGAUAUUGGUCUGGAUGGUGUUCACCCAAAACUAGUGCAAUUGGAGUUCGUAGCCUGUAUGUGCUGCAUAGGUGGGGCUUAAAUCCCCUUUGUAGAAAUGUGAUCAUGUUCUUACACCUCUUUCUGUGUGAUUUCUAAUUAAUAAUAAAUGGAAUGUGUGAAUCAGGUAAAGAAUUAGGAAAAAGUUGAGGCUAACCCUGCAAAGACGCGACUAUGGGAUGACGUCACAAGCAAAAACAGUAGCGCAUCAUGACAUCAGUGGUUAGCAAUGACUUGUUUUCUCCUGCUUUUUUGUGACUUUUCUCCUGCGUUUGCCGCAAUAUUGGUAAAGCGUCUAUUAACAAUAGUACACCUCACUUCAUCGCGUUUUUUUUAUGUGAUCGUGCGUCGGGAGGAAUUGCGGUCAUUGUGCCUAGUGGCUCAAAUGUAUUUAUUUUUCCUAUUGUCUUGGAUUUCAUGGUUUGGCCAACUGGGAAGUCUGAGCAAGUGUACCAAUUACGAUUGUAUUCAAUUUGUACUAAUUAUACGGCCUGUAUAUUUUGUCUUGGCACUGUGGUGUUAGCUUGAUCAAUAAUUAAUUUGAGGUUGAAACGUCGCUGCUUGUAAUACGCACCGAUCUUCAUUAAAACUAUUAUUAAGUCAUCCUUCAGUGCCUGGACCAUAUUUUUUCGAUUCUAUAUUUGUAUGGGGGUUUGCCAGCCUCGGUCUACAGUUGUACCCUGUAUAGAUGACUUUGACUUUAACAUAAUAUAAUAUCUUUCUAGUCAAGGAUGAAUGAAUGAGUUUUGGUUAAUCCACAAUGUGUUUUCCUUACUAACCAACCACUUUCUUUACCAUCAGACUGUUUUCUUCCUCUCCCCCCUCCCCACAUAUGACCUGGAAACAGAAAAUCACACGGCAAAGCUCUCGGCAUGUGUGUGUUCUCAUUUUUAUAUUUAGUGUCUAGCACAUUACACAAAUUAGGCAACAUCCUCAGUCUUUCGUCCAUGUUGAAAGUACAGAAAAUAAGAUCUGUUUUGGCCUAUACCUCUUAAAAACUCAGAAUGAAGCUGGAAGCAUCACAUUGAACUUUUGUUUACUAAAUAGGAAAUUGUAGUAAAUUAAGAAGUGAAUAUGGGGGGGGAAUAUGCUCUUAACAUUGCUUUUACUUUAUCGACCAAAAGGGGAGAGGCGGCAUGGGCUUACCUAACUUACACCUUUACUACUUGUCAUCACAAUUUGCAAAGAUUAAAGAAUGGCACUCUUCUUCCCCCCCUUGCCUCCCCCAUAUGCGUGACUUUACAGGAACAGUCAUAUAAGAUGUCAUGAGGUGGUAUACUACUCCUGUAAGACAAUUCAGAAUGGUGAAAACUUCCACAGAUGUUUGCUAGUGGGGUUUGAUGGGUAAAAGGGACUUAUAUUCUCAUGUGGUAGCAAGGAGUGCAAAAGGGUGGCUUAGUAUGGAAACACCAUCAAUGGUCAAGGAUAUCAUCAAAAUUAAGGAUAACUACUUAAUGGGCAAAAUGACGGCCCAUCUACAUAACACAUAUGCCACAUUUAGCAAGAAAUGGCAACACUGGGAAAAAACUACUUAGACGGACGUGGGAACACUUAAGCAAUCAGCAACAGGACCCGCUAACCCAUGUAGGGGUCACCAUCGAUAAGCGUUACACCUGCACCCUCCCUUUCCCCUUCACACCCCUCUACAUCUCUCAUCCCCGUACCUAUUCACACCGCUUUCUCUCUUGUUACCUCAUAAAACCAAUGAAAAUGUUCGGGAUGAAGCUAAUAGAAGUUGUGGCACUUUGUGACAACUUACGUACGGUUAGACUUGAAGAUCGCAGCUUGGCCUGCAGUGUACUUGAUUAUCAACAGUGUACUGUAUGGUGAUGUUUGUCACUGUAAUAUGACACUUCAUACUCUUACUUCUGUAGGCUGAAUCCUUGAACUCAUAAAUAAAGAAUAAAAAAAAAAAAAAAAAAAUUGCUUUUACAAUACCUUGAUACCUAGGUCGUUUUACAUGUGCAUAUUGCUCAGCUCUGAUUUUGACAGCUGCAGAAGGGUGUUACAAUGUUGUUUCAUCACUUAAAAUGGUCAAAUCUGUUUAAUCCACUGAGCAGCCAGUUGGUACAUGGUUUCUGGUUAAAACCUUGUGGAUGAUGUCACUCUUAAGGCUCACAUUAUAUCUCCUGGGCUCAGGCACUGGAAAACUGGUACCCAUCCCCCAUCUUUGCUUGUGUUUUUAAUGUAAAUCAGAAAAGUAUCAGUGGUGUCUAAGAACCAAGAUCACAGUGUCAUGUUAAUACAGCUCUGGGGUUUUAAUAAAUGUAGAUUAUUGUGUGUUUGAGUUUAUAAAGCUCCUCAUAAUGGGAAACAUUCAAAGAAAAAAUUAUUUGGCUAGCCAGCACCCUUGGGCAAAUGCCGAAUACAAAAUAAAAUCUGAUAUUGGUCAGUCACUGCAAAAAGUCUAACCAUACAGGAAUAUACGUUGGGGUUUGAGCAGAAUGACUGAUUCUUCUAUUGCCCCAUAUUGCUCUUACAUAGCAUCCAACAAGUCCUCUGUAAGCAGAUUUUUGUACCUAUAUAUCAUUUUCAGCCGCUUGUGUUUUUUUUGUUUUUUUUUAACCCACGAAUGCUGAUCCAUCUCAUAAGUUGCACAGACUUUGCAACAUUUUAAUAUUUCAAUUAUCAUUAAUUGAAUAAUUCCAUCCGCAGAUCAAAAGAAGCAGAUGUUGCGCGGAGUACUAUUUGAUUAUUACAGCCGUUUUUAGUUGGGCUUUGUGACACAUCUGGUAAAUCAAUUACACUCAGCUGUUCGCUGCUCCCAAUAUGUAAAAAAAAAUUUUUUUUUUAUUUUUUUAAAAAAAAGCUGAAUACACAAAUAAUUAGACCUAUCUAAGCAGGAGUCGGCCAAAAAGACAUUGUAUAUGGCAGAUUAUCCAUUAUAUAUUUCAUUGUGCUUCCCUGUUCCAUCUUUGAAACAGUAAGUACAGUUGGAUACCGUCUUCGCAUGUCCAAAAGAUUUACAGGAUUCAUUUAAAAAGAAAAUGUGUUGUUGGCUUCUGUAACAUCUGAGAUUUGGCGAUUGGCUGGUGUACAUGUGAGCUCAUUAUAGGUAGCAUUGUGUGUUGGACUCGUUUCUUUCAGAUUAGUUGAAGAAAUGAAAAAGGAACCUUAACUAGCUAGUAAUGGGACAACACAUAGCUAAAAAAAUUAAAUUAUGAAUUAGUGAAUGAUUGAGCACCGUGGGAUUUGUAGCUCCACUGACAAAAAGUUAACUUAUGGUGCCAUCAUAAGUUAAAGGGACACUAUAGUCACCAGAACAACUACAGCUUAAUGUAGUUGUUCUAGUGAGUACAAUUGUUUCAGAGAAAAGGCAGUGUUUACAUUGCCACUAGGGACACCUCCAAGUGGCCCCUCCUCAGAUGACCACUGGAGGUGCUUCCUGGCUCAGUGCUGCACAGUAGGCAGCUCUGCCGUUCAGCGUCUCCACGCUCUGCAUGGGGACGCUGAAUAUUCCUCAUAGAGAUGCAUUGGUUCAAUGCAUCUCGAUGAGGAGGUGCUGAUUGGCCAAAAUGGUGCUCGACCCGCCCCUUGCCGAUUUUAGCCUAUCCAAUGGGAAAGCAUUGGAUUGGCUAAAAGUCUGCAAUUCUGAGGAUGUCAUUAAGGGGGCGGGGCCAGCGGACCUGCACGGCACUGGAAAUCAGGUGAGUUUUAUUAACAUGUAAGGGUACUAAGGGGGGAGGGGGCGACACCUAAAUGGUGGGUUUUGCAGUAUAGGGUCAGGAAUACAGGUGUUCCUGACCCUAUAGUGUUCCUUUAACUUUUUAUUAAUUAGGUCCACUCUGUUUUUAUACCAUUCAUGGUAGCAAAUGGAUUUUUAAAGUUUGUGUAACAGAGAAAGCGGUAGAUUUGAAACUACCUUGCACAUUGCUUUUAGUCGACACCAUAACUCGUUGUCCUCCUCUUUAAAAUUACCACACAAUGAAAGGUAGCAAUUAAUGAGAGAUCUGUGCCUGCAAUCCCAGUGAACAAUCUUACAGAAAGCAAGGCAUUCAACGACACUAACGCACAAAAUUAUGUGGAUGUGCAAAGUCCAUAAUUAUGAAGUAUUCAUAAUAAUUAUGGAGUGUAGACCCCAAAAUGUCACACCUUUUAUUUCGGCCUUGUCUCCUGCUACCACGGAUACAUUUGUUGUCCAUUCCUAGACAAAUAUGUGCAGACAUUUUGCAACUGGUUUUACUAUAAAGGCAUUUUUGUAUAACAUUUUUUACAUGUCCCUUAAGUAAACCCCUGUAUUGUGAGCAAUAAACCGUGAUGCUCAAUAUAGAAAAUAAUGAACAUAACAGAAUAAAAACGCAAAGGUUUUUUUUCUUCUUCUAAAACGAUCUAGUGUUAAAUAUAUAUGCUGAUCGGAAUAUUUCAGGGUGCAUUGGGGAAUAUCAUUAUGUCGUUUUCCUUCCAGACGUUUAAGAUUUAUGAUUCAGGAUGUACCCAGGUAUGCAUCCAGAAGACUGUCAAUAAGUGGUACCAGAGUAAUAUAUAUGAGAUGGUACAAAGUAUUUGACUGGAACAAUAUGGGAGGGGUGGUGGACCUAUCCUUGAAACUAUGCAAUAACAUUUGUACUUAAAGGCAAAUCAUCACUUUUCUGGAAAAGUACUCAAAUUAAUAAUCACUGAACAUUCUCUUUAAGAAUAUUGACACAUUUAAGGAAAUACAGCAGUGCGGUUCUGGACGUUAAAAGAACACUGUGUUUUAGUCGUUAUUGUGCCUUGAGCACUGCCCCCUGUUUUGUAUUUAAAUUGUUUCCCAGCGGUUUAAUAGUGAAUCAAGGUCCCCAGGCACCCACAGCUCAGACCCCACUGAUGGAAUGGCUAAUACAGAGUUACUUUCUGGCUUCCAACAUACCAAAUCAUACCAGCAGCAGCAGCCAGUGGCACUACCAGUGAUAUGAUUUUGUAUGGUGUUAAGACUGAGCAAAAAUCCCCCUUAGACAUUCUGUCAGAGAGGACUAGGCUGGGAACCCUGAUUCACUGUUAAAUGGAAAUGGUUCAGGGACUAACGGCACCAUUAACUGUGAUAUGCGCAAAUGCCAAUACGGGAGAAGCUGUUCUAUUUACUUUAAAUACAAAGCUUUUUGAGAACUAUUAAUUUAAUACAUAUCAUGGGUAACUCGUAUAUAAAGUUAGGAGAACCAGCUAUUUUGUGUAUAGACUGCAAUUCAAAAAUACCUUAAAUAUAAUGCUAUAAAUGCAUUGUUUUGUGGACCCAGGACAUACUUGAAAAUGAGAGAAAUCCCAAUGUAUCCUUCCUGGUAAAAUAUUGUAUAAAUAAUAAAUAACUAAAAUAAAAUGGUAAUAACUAUUUUUAAAUGCCCUGCUGAUGAGAAUACUUUUUUUGUGAAUCAGUGGAUACUGUUUCAGCUUCAUUUUAGGAACUAGGCUCUGUCUGCUCAUUUAUAGUGGGAUAAUAGUGCAAUGAUAUUUAGUCUCUCUGUGUAAGGCAUAGAAACUCGUCAGAGCUACAGCAGAGACGUUUGUUUCUCUGCUGGGUGAGGACCAGUGCAGGAGCAUAGGGAGAGGUAUGUGUGUGUUAUUACUAUGCCACACAAACCUAUGUUGCCCAAAUGACUGGCAGUGAAGUAAGAUGGCCAUUUAUUUGCACAAAGGUUGUGUUAAUGUACUUCAAAAACCAUGUGUGCCUAAACAUUUCUUUUGUCUUGCUAGGGACAUAUUAAACAAAGACACAGGCAAAUGCAUAAUUUCAACAUUUGCAUCACUUAAAGUUUUGAUGUGAGUUCCAACAAGUCUCCUCCGUAUCCUAUCUUUUUACUCUGAAUUCAGUUCCCCUUACAGGGGAGAGCAGAAUGAUUUCAUAGUUUGUCCAAAUGAUUGCAUGUCUUCCAGCAGAAUAUUGAAUUGUAAACAUCUUAGGUCAUUGGAAUUCUAUGAAAACUCAGCUGACAGUGAAAGAAAACAUAUGAAUAUUUUCUGCUCUGGGGCUUAUUUGUAAAAUAACUACACAACAUCUUUGAGAAAGAUCUGGCUAAUGUGAGUCCCAACUGAACAUGUGAUUGCUCUUGGCUUAAUGAGUUUUCAAACGAUAAGAUUUCUAACUUUGUAUAGAAAUUUGUAAACUCCUUUAACCAUUAUAGGGGUACCCAUUUGGGCAAGGCUUACAUGGAAUUUGGUCAAAGUAAAAAAAAAAAAAAAAAGGGGUGAUACAUUUAGUGUAAAGAGUUUUUUCCCCAUCUACCCAUCUGUUUACUUAAUGAAGCAUUAAGUACAAUGGACUGUUGGCGCCAAAUUUCAUGAGCCUAAGGCCCCUCGACAUGUAAAUCCCACUCUGUAUGUCCUCUAAUACCUCCUGCCAAUGAGGAGAAUCAGAGGAUGUUGUCCUCACUUUGUAAAAUAUGGUUUCUUAUCUAUAAAUCCGAUACAUACCCACAUAUUCUAUAUAUGCCGGUAUUUAGGCAGUGACCUCCAUUCAUGCAUGUAUAAUGCAUUUUCCUAUAGGCUAUUACUCAUAGGUGAAAUCAAGUUUAGUUCCAACAUUUGAUACAUUGGAGUGACAGCUAAUUUUUAAUGGUUUCCAACUGAGCCUUAAUCUCCCUGAAAAACACCGUGAUAUGAUGUAACCCUGCUGGACUGAGGAAUAUUGAAAACAUACAGAAUCUUUAUAGUUUCAAGACUUUUUUUAAUUCCUUUUUUUGCUGUAAAGCUCAGUUUUACAAUGAUACACUUUAAACAAUAUUCUGAGCUUCUAACAAUGGUCUUGAUUUAAUAAACUUUUGAGAUGAUUCAGCAUUGUCAGAGAAAUAUUUCAAAUGAUUUAUCUACAAACAUUACCGUAAACUAUAAUAGUGACUAUUAUAUAAAUAAUUUGAAAAGUUUUUCUACCCGUAUUGAAUCAUUUGGAAAGUCAAGGCCAAUUUGAGGAUAGAAAAGUAGAAAGGAAAAUAGAGAAUAAUGAUACCAGGAUAGAGAUGAGGGAGAGGGGGAUACGUGUUCCCAAAAUUAUCUAUCCCACCUAAAGAGGGACAUUCAGUAAGUAUGACUUUCUCUCUGUAGCAAAACCAUCAAACAAAAUCCAGACAUUGAAAAUACACAAUCGUUUAGCCAUUAGUGACUUUUCGAAUCUUUUCUUAUUCCUUUAGGUAACUAUUUGAUCUCAUCUUUAGAAAUGUUUGGUUAGGUAGUUGAGCUACUGCCAAGUCCAAUUAUACAACUGUGUAUUUUCACUUAUCGAAGGUCUGGAAACAUUGUUUCUUUUGGUAUUCGGUAUAGCUGGACGUGUAUAUUAUGGAAAAAGGAGGACCAUUAUAGACGCAUACGUUUUAAGGCCUGUAAGCCCCUGCCAAAUAAAAAACAGAUAUACAUUCUUCAGUUAUGUGUAUUCAUGGAGUCUACAUGGCUUUCACGUAGCUUCCAGCUGUAGGGAAAGGUAACUAAAGGAGUGUAUAGACAUUCAACACUCCUGGAUGAGACUCUCUCUAUGAGAUACGUUUUGAUGUUGACAUGCAACACUGUCUGAAGUCUUUCUUUUGCUCAUCUAUACUAUAACUUGAUGAUCAACUGGCAUGGCGGUAACUAGGCACAGUUAAAGUAACCUAUAAAUAUGGGAACAAAAACAACAAAAAAGUUGAGAAAAUCUCUCAGAGUAGAAUAUAAUUUCAAGCUAGCCUAAGGUCAAGAAAAAUGUGCUAACCAGAAAGAAAAUAUACCAAGCAUACUAAAGUAUUAUUGGGCCGCAACCUGAUUUGGAUCUAAAACCGAUUACAGCCAUUGUUUUAUUAAACCACGUUCUUCUUGCAAAGCCAUUCUAAAUCUUUAUUUUUUUUACAGGAAACUGACUUCCUCUUCUCCAGUAUAACCUGCCCUGGGCUCAAAAUUGUUAGAGGUGCAAAAUUCAAAAGAAAAAAAAGUGUCUUAAUAAAACAUGUUGCCCCCUCCGCCUCGCAUAAAAAAAAUCUCCCAAUGCUUGAACAUUCUACACAGUUUUUAACCUGACGGUGGACAUAAACAUUGCCACGUAAUAUUUUACAGUAUCUUUUUGCUAAAUAUAGCCAUGGUAUCUUCAAAUGGGAAAUCACGCUAUUUCUAGGUAUUAUGUACAAACAUUUUGAAUGGUAUCAUACCGGUACGUACAGACUAUACACAUUACUUAAGAUGUGAGGUGCAUUAAAAAAAAAAAAAAAUAUGCAACUAUCAGUGUCACACACAUCACGACAAUAAGGCAGAUAAGGAAGGAGGAGUGAGGCUAUCAAGGCACCCGUUAAGGGACUCGGGGAGUUCUGGCAACCCACACUACGCCGCUACUAAGUACAAUAAUAAUUUUUAGUAAUAGGUUUGUCCAGGACACCCACAUUAGGGUCAAGCAGGAUAGGAGGAACCCAGGGCAGGCUACAAUUUUAGGAGAUGUUUGGAAUAAGUUUAUCUCCUGUAAAAUCAUGUCAUAAGACUUUAAUCUUCCUACCGUGUAGGUUUUCAGGUGAGGACAACUGUGGACAUUAAAUUUGUGACUUUUUGAAUAUAGCAUUGAAUAAUAAAACAAGUAUAUUUAUCAGAUUUUAUUUAAUUUUUUUUUGUCCUGAUUAUAGCACUAAAUCCAGCUCCAUAUGACAAAUGAAGCAAAAACAGUUGGCAAACAUUUAUAGUUUGAGUUUUGUUACAAGCCAAACUUCUCCAGAGCUGCCUCAAUUUAUAAAUCACAUGGGUUCAUGUGAGCAAGCAUUAAAAUUCCUGUUAGUAUAGAAUCAGCUGAAUGUCAGACCGUGUCCUUGUAUAUAUUUGUUUUCUUUUUUUGCCAUUAAUUAGGAAUGGAUGUUAAACAAUAUGUUUAUCGCUGUGCCUGGGACAUCCUGCUGGCAGUCAAAGGGUGCAGAUAGUUGCUUAAGAGGGAAAUCUGUUUUCAAUAACUCUGUGACUUUGCUUGCCUGAGCUGUUAUAUAGCAUCCUUCCAACUCAUCUCUGGGGGAGUGAAAUUAAUCCUUUAUGUGUAACCAAGAUUACGGCAGAAUGGUAGUGUGGCAAACCCCCCCCUCCCCCCCCCUUCAAAUUCCACUGGCAGUUUGUAUAUAAAAAAAACUUUGACACUAUAGUCACCAAAAAAAACUACAGCUUAAUGUACUGGAGAGUAUAGUCAGUCCCUGCAGGCAUUUUAAUGUAAACACUGCCUUUUCAGAGAAAAAGAAAAGGCAUUGUUUAUAUUGUUCCCUAGGAACACCCCUAGUGGCAGUCACUAAGAUGGCCACUAGAGGUGCUUCCUGUGUCAGUUUAUGGUUAGUGUCUCCACUGAAUAAGAUGCUGAUUGGUCAGUGCAGUGUUUCCUGUUUUUCUCCGCCCCUCCCACCCCUGCCUGCCUCCUUGGCUGAGAUCAUCAGAACUUACUAUCUCAGCCAAUCUAAUCCUUUCCCAUGGGAAAUCAUUGGAUUGGCUGAGAUGAUUAAUUCUGAUUAUGUUAGCCAAGGAGGCGGACCAGGGUGGGGGCCAAAACUGGCAGACCUGCGCAACGCUGGCAUAAAGGGGAGUUUUUAUCCUAUGUUGGGCGGCGGCCACCCAAUAGUGGUUUUAACACUAGAGGGUUAGGAAUAUAUGUAUUGUAUAUUGCAUUGUCCCUAUCGUGCUCCUUUAAGCAACUUUGCAUUAGUGUAUGAUUUAUAGUGGAGAGAACAUCCUGCACCAGCUCUUAACUUUGUAAACAUCACAACAACUCUAAGACCUUACCUUAGAGCUGUCACUCAGGCAAUCAGAAUGCUAUCUUCCUAGCUGCCUGUGACAGUUUUGUCCAAGUUAUACACCCAGGAGAAAUUCAAGCUGUGACCUGAACUCCAUGUAAACAGAUUGCUGCGGUACGGCUGAUAUCCAUUUAUACCUCAUUCACAUGUAUCGUAUAUGAUGGCUGGAACUGCUCCUGGAGGAAAAAUUACUACUCCCAUAAACCCCCUGCUGGACCGAAGUUUAUGGGAUAGGAUCAAACUCCACAGACCAGAAUGAGAGAUCCUGAUUGGUGGAGCCUUUUCCUGGUGAGGGAGCAGUGUGGCUGCAGUGAGCACUCUGUGUGCAAGUGCAGGAGCCUUUGAAUAUUUAAAGAGUGUGUGUAUAUGUGCGCUAUAUAGAAAUAGUUGUUCUAUCUUUUCCAUCUGUGGUAGUGUCUGAUUGCUAUUAUCCUCACCAUACUUUUCGCUUCUAUGCAAUUUUCUUGGUAAACACUGUUUAGUAGCUGUUCCACCAUUCCGGGGUACUUUCUUGUUCACAGACACUCAAAAUUCAAAAUCAUGAAUGCUGUACUUUCAACCUUUUGUUUCCACAAGACAUCACUGCAGUUCUCUGCACAAACACACGUGCAGCUACCUUACGGCUCCCAAUGCGAAUAUCUUUCUGUACUCUGCUAGAUACAGCAUACACCGUUAUCUUAAAUAUUUAUUACAUUGUAGAAGGUAACUAUAUUACUGAGUGUGCUUACACCUGGUCUUUUUUUUUAUCUUGGAUUGGAAUAAGAGUCACUUACAUUUUAUCUUAUGCCUCGUUUCCACUGAGCGGUAUGGGUCGGUACAGUUUGGAAGGGUUAGAAUGGUCCAGCCUAUUCGGGUGAGCGUUUUCACUGUAAGUCGGACCACCAGGUGGCACGAGGGGUUUAGACCAAAUGUCUAGCGUGUCAUUCGUUGUGAGCAUUGACGUUUUCCUGUCCGCCAAUCAAUGGAUUGUAUAGUGUGACGCCAGUAGCUCUGCCCUAACUGUACCGUACCAUUUCCUAUGGCCCGACAUCUGAAGGGGGACUAGGAAUGGUGCGGUUUGGUUCGGGUGUAUGGGCCACUUUCAUAAUGGAAACACUCAAAAUAGCGUACCAUACCGAACCGUACCGCUCAGUGGAAAUGAGGCAUUAGACACCCUGACUCGCAUAUCAGAGAGACUGUUGGGUGCGGUAUGAUGGUGAUAUUUAUUAAACUUGAUUAGUUCAUGUAGCUAUAGGAGAAAAUAAAAUAAGCGUAACGGACACACAAACUUAAAUCUAUUCAACAACUUCCAUCAGGAAGGUGAAAUAUUGAUGAUUAUAUUUACAGAGUGAUUUCUGGAGACCUGAAUGGUUUAUGCCAUAACAAAUAUUUUUUUUUCUGUGCGCAACUAUUUUUAAUUUAAUUUUAACCUAUAUUUUAUAAGUGCAAAUUUCUGCUAAAAUAUAAUUGGUUUUAGAUACAAAAUAAGUUCCUCUUCCCUAUAGAAAAACAAAUUCCAAGUAUAUCCACAUUGGACUCCAGCAACUGAUUCAGUUAACCCCUUCCCGACCGCGGACGUAUCAGGUACGUCUGGCAAAAAACGGUCCAUAAUGACCUUGGAUGUACAUUGUAUGUCCGCAGUUAUUUUGAGCGCUGGAAGCUCUGAUAGUAUUGCAGUGAUGCUCUGCAUGCGCUGAGUGCCUCGAGGGGUCCUGGCACUCAGUGCAGAUAUAAUAAUAUAUAUAAAAAUAUAAAUAUAAAAUAAAUAAAAUGAUCAAUAUUAACCCCCCUCCCAUUCUAAAGGCAGUGAAUCAUGGGGCUUCUGGGGGUGUCCUUAGCCUGCCUCAUCAUAAGGGGCAGGCUGGGGUCAUCCAAUCACAGCUUGCCCCAUUAGCAAUUUCAUCCCAAGUGUGUUCCCCAUUUCUCUGAUUAGUGUGGAUCUGCCUCCCUCUCUUCACUUGUGUUUUAGUGAGAGAGGGAGAGAGAUCUGUGGUUUAGCUAGAGAGAUUUAGGUGUUUAUAGGUAGGGAUUUGUAAAAUCUUGAGACCCAAAAGCUCUUUUCAGAGCCAUUAACCCCUGUCUUGCCAGUGAUCACUAUAAUCACUGGCUCUUGCACAGCAGCACUUUUUUGCUGUUUGUGCAUUUUUUUUAGGGGUUCAUUUUUUUGUGAUUUUUUUUUUUUUUUUUGAGACCCAAAAGAUAUACAGAUCACAGGCUCUUGCACAGCAGCACUUAUUUUGCUGUCUGUUCAUUUUUUUUGUUUUGUUUUUUGUGACAGGUCACUAAGUAAAGUGAUUGUGAUCAUGUCACAUGGGUCACGGAAGUCAACCAGCGCUGAGCAAUCAUAUGCCACCCUUGCGCUAGAGUCUGACACGUCUAUGUCAGACUCUGACCCUGAUUUUGACCCUGCCAGGUGCUCAGAUACAUCAUCACUAGAUACAGUGUCUGCUGCUAGUGAUGUAUCUAGUGAUGUUGUAUCUGUGCCUGCUAGUCCCCCUGCCAGAAAGAGACGUGCUGCUCCAGCUGGUAGAACUGCUGAGGAGUGGUUAGUGCCUCAUCGCCAGAGGCCAGACAUUCCAUCCUUUACUGCAAAUCCUGGCAUUAAUUUGGAUGUCACAGGAUUUAGCCCUCAGCAGUUUAUGGGGGUGUUUCUGGGCGAUGAUGUAUUGGGGAACAUUGUCGCCCAAACUAAUUUAUAUGCCCAUCAAUUCCGAGCUACCGAGGGGUACUGCUGGGAGGCUAGGGGUACUGCUGUGGGGGGUAGGGGUACUGUGUGUGGGGGAUAGGGGUACUGUGUGUGGGGGGUAGGGGUACUGCUGUGGGGGUAGGGGUACUGCUACUGUGGGGGUAGGGCUGGGGGGUAGGGUACUGUGUGUGUGGGGUAGGGUACUGUGUGUGGGGGGUAGGGGUACUGCUGGGGGGGUAGGGGUACUCUGGGGGUAAGGGUACUUGGGGUAAGGGUGCUGUGUGUCAGUAUACCCCCCCUCCCUCCCUCCUUCUUACCUUUAAUGAAGUGGGGGGGGGGGACACAGCCAUCCCUGGUGGUCCGGUGGUGGUAAGCACUGCAGGGGGAGGGAUCUGUGAUGCAGCUCCCCUGUCCUCCCGCGCAAUGCUAUGUGGAGCGUUGCCAUGGCAACGCUCCACACAGCAUCGCGCGGGAGGACAGGGGAUCUGCAUCACAGAUCCCUCCCCCUGCCUCCCGACCCGGAAGCAGAGUAGGCGCCUGCCGUUUCGGCAGGCAGGUGCCUACUCUGCAUUAAUGGCGAACCUGUGGCCGCGUGCCCACAGAAAGGGCCCGGCGUGCCAUAGGUUCGCCAUCACUGAUCUAAGGCAUCAAAACACUCCAUAUAAAGUACUGCGGGGUGUCAACUUUUCAAAUAUAUGCACGCUCAUGGCAAGAAAAUACAUUGGGAUAUCUGAAAAGGCCCCCAAAAGAAAGAUAGGCAAACAAGAUAUGUAACAUUUGAAAAACGCAUAUCAGAUAUUUUGCUUUGCACCCCCCAGAGAACCCGACACACCUAUGCAUAGGUGGUAUCGCUGUACUCGGGAGAUGUUGCUGAGCACAUAUUGGGGUGUCCUUUGGCAGUAAUACCUAACAGGAGCUGAGAAUCUAUGCCCGAUGUAGAAUGUGUGAGUGAAAAAUAACACCACAAAAUAAAUGACUACCCAAACAGAGACUGGUGGUAGAAUUAGUGCAUGUAAAGUGUUGAAAUGCCACCAUGUGAAAUGCCCUAUGGUGUCUACUUUUCAAAAACAUACGGUUUGACGGGGGUGAAUUACAUUGGCCGGCUUCAGAAAUGUUCCAACUGGGACAUGGGUGCAUGAUGGCCAGCUGUGUGUUUUUUUCCAUUUUUCAUCAUAUUUUACUUUUUUUUUUUCUAGUAAAUUAUAUGAUAUGAUAAAAAUAAUGGUAUCUGUAUAAUGAACAUUUAAUAGCAAGAAAAAUGGUAUAUAAUAUGUAUGGGUACAGUAAAUGUGUAAGAGACAAAUUACAUCUAAACACAACCACUGCAGAAAUGUAAAAAGAGCCCUUGUCCUUAAUGGUAAUACAAUUGAAAAAUGGCCUGUUCACUAAGGGGUUAAAGAAUGUAUUUUAUUUGUGGUUUUUGUACGCAUUCCCUUUGUGAUUACUGAGAGUUUUCCAGUGACUUAAGUUUGACGUUUGGCUUCUGUCUUCCCUAGGUUGGUGGUUUGUGAGCACAGCAGAGGAACAAGGCUGGGUACCGGCAACCUACCUAGAUUCACAGGGUGGAACCAAAGAUGAUUCUGAAAUCAAUACCUCGAAACUGGGGGAUGGUAAGUUUACCUAAAUUAUGCUUUACUCGAAAAGACCCGAGUCUAGAUUACUUCUAGAUACAUGUAUCUACAUUGUAUUUCUGUUUUAUGAAAUUACAGGUUUCUAGCUUCACCUCUCACAUAUGCAAUUUUAAAAAGUCUAUCCCUGCAUAAUAAAGUGUACUUUCCCCUAGGAAGUGACACAAAUGAAAAAUGUACACACCAGGUUUAUAUUUAAAAUAAUCAUUGCCCGCAUAAAAGUCAGUUUAAAAGAAAGUCUGACCACCUCAAGCCUCCUAACAGCACGAAAUAUGGGUGUAGGUGGAAUGGACCUGGUUGGGCAUUCCAGAGACAGAAUGUACAUCACUGGUGAUUUGCAACAUUCUGAAAGGAUGUGCAUCUGUUCUGUCUUGAAAGCCAGCUGAGCAGGCUGUAGAGAGCUCCACAGAAAAGCUCUAGUAUGGAUAGAACUGCCCUUCAUUGGGUUUGCUCUGAGUUUGAGAGAUGAAUCAUUUUAGACUGAUUUAUAUUAUAUUUAUUUAUUUUUAAAAUAUUUUACCAGGAUGCAUAUAUUGAGAUUUCUCUCAUUUUCAAGUAUUUUUAAUUAUUAAAAUGUAACCAUGUAUUGUUCAUGAUAAUACAAUAAUAAAAAAACAACAACCCAAAUUAAGGACAACUCAAAUAGAAACUUACCUUUUAACAUGCCCCCUUGGUGCAUUGCUUAGUGGGAUCUUCUGCAGGCACAUACCUCCCACUGCAUAGCUAGAUGUUCCAACGAGGAGCCUUUGAUUCUAGUCUAUUGAGAGUCAUAACCCAUAAUCCCCGGUCCAGCAGGAGUUUAUAUGAUAUACUCCAGAGAGCAGAUCCAGCCAUCACUUCGGAUGAUAGGAAUUGCAUUGUAAACUGGUAGCAGCCUUACUGGGGUGUUUUACUAUCAAGGAAGUUGCAAACUGUGGAUAUGCAGUCUAUGCUUUGAUUUGUUCCUAUAAGGAGGGAGCGUUCACAGUAGGGAUAUUGGCAAGCUGGAGCUAACUGAUUAACAGCCUUGCUGCCCAGUAAUGCAAAGUGUUUGAGACUUAGUCUGACUCGAAGGUGAGACAUUAAAUUGAAAUGGCAGUAUUCAAAAUGGCAAAAAUGAGCCUAUGCAUAAAAUUCCAUUUAUUUGGUUAUUUCAAAUUGCUUUUCAUCACACGUGCGGCACAUCUGUGUUAAAUCCCUUGCUGCUCUGCACAAUGCAUGAUCACUUUAAAUUGUUUAAGGUGACCAGAUUCACUUUCAAGAGCAGAACCUUGGAAUGAAGGUUGUGUUUUUGUUAUGCAUUGCUGUCGUAAUAUACUUGCCCGCAUAAUGAAAGGUGUUUCCUGCAGAUUUUACGCUAUAGAAAUCUGUAGAACAUCUGAAAAUAUUUGCCAUUUGAAGACAAGAGGUUUGAGUAAAUCCGUUCUGAAAGCAUCAUUCAUGAAAAUAUAACUGAUUUUUACACUUAGAUGCAAAGUGAUUUCUUGGGGCCUGGGGGGCUGGGGGGUUUAUAACAUGUUGACAAUGUAAAUUAUCAUUGUGUGUACAACUAUGUCAGCCAAAUAAAACUAAAGUAAUUUUAUAUUGAGUUACCCAACAUUUUAUAAAAGUGCAAAAUUUGUAGGAAAAAAAAGUUUAUUUUUAUUUUUGUACGGAGGAACCAAGACCUGGAUUAAAAGUUCAAUUUUUUGAUUAUGUAAGAUAAAGACAAUAUAGAUGCAGCUUUGAUAACAUGGUGUUGGAUAGGCAAAUUGUCACAUAAUUAUCUAAAACAUAUAAAGGUCCCCAAUCUCCCAUUCUAUUUUGCACCAAUCAUUAACCCAACCAAGAUUGGUUUUAGAGGUAUGGGAGAAUGUGAAUGGAAUUUUAAAGUAUCUAUCUAAAUCUAAAGUGUGAAAGUGUGAUUUGGUUUGCUCACAGGGUGGAUGAUUGAAGCCUAAAACUAUCGGUGAUGCAACCAAUAUUACACGUGUACCUCAUUGAUCAUUCCUCUCUGUGUUCUUUCCCAAUAAGUCUUCCAUCACACAUUUUAAAACACAUCAUUGCUUUAAAUAACUAAAUAAGCAGUAAAGACACUGCUAAGGGCACAUUGGAUGAACCGGUAUGGCAUUAAUCCUUUGGGCUGAUGACGACAUACCUUUGGAAAUGAGGCCAAUAAAAAAAACGUUAGCACAAAGGAGCAAGUGUCGUGUACUUGCACUAUUUUUUUCUACACUCUUAUUGUGCACUUUUCUAUAAAUUAAAGUAAAUUUGAAGUCUCAUUAACACUUUAAGUAAGCUGCUAGUUACUAGUUAUCGUCAUGCAUGGAUUUUAUUUAUGUCCAAAAGACAUUUUCCCUUUUUUUAUCAUCUCUACCAUGUUCAACCUUCCUUAUCCUUGGUUUCUGCUCAACAAACCCAGGAUAAAAGAGAAAUGCAGGCUGCUUAUGGUCUGCAAUGUAUGGAAUAUGGCCUGAAAGCGUUAACGCCUCUUUUCAAAGUGAACCGGUUUCUCAAAUGCCUUGUAUUGUGGUUUGAACUUGCAUUUUUGUUGCUGCCCUUCCCAGCUUAAAGUGCUGAGAAAAUGACUUUCCCUUUCAAGUUUUAUGAGUCAAUCAAUGUCCGGCGUUUAACUGUGAGCCAUGCAAGACAUUGUAUGUACUUAUUGAAAACUACAACAAAUCCCUCCUCCAAUCCUCAUAAAUCAAACUCGACAUUCCAAUGAGAUUCGCAAGUGAAGAAUAAUUAUCCACAUGUUAAGCUUAUAUCUUUAUAUUUUCACUUUUACAUUUCUGAAAAGACCUAUUAAGGCAGAGUAUGUCAUGGAAUGAUGAUCAGGACCAUGCAAUUCAAAAUAUACAAAGCACAUCACUAGGGUGAAAAUAGAAAGAAUCAUUAAAGGACCACUCUAGGCACCCAGACCACUUCAGCUUAAUGAAGUGGUCUGGGUGCCAGGUUUAACCCUUUUUUCUAUAAACAUAGCAGUUUCAGAGAAACUGCUAUGUUUAUAAUAGGGUUAAUCCAGCCUCUAGUGGCUGUCUCAUAGAGGAAAAUCACAGUGAGAAGACGCCAGCAUCCAUAGGAAGGCAUUGUGAAUGCUUUCCUAUGGACUGGCUGAAUGCGCGCGCGGCUCCUGCCGCACAUGCGCAUUCAACCGAGGAGGAGAGUCCCCUGCCCAGCGCUGGAGAAAGACGUAAGUUUAACCCCUUCCACCCCCUAGAGACCGGCGGGAGGGGGACCCUGAGGGUGGGGGCACCCUCAGGGCACUAUAGUGGUCCUUUAAGUAUGUGGUUUCUUGUUGGCAAAUCUAAGUAGGAGGAAUUAUUUAUGGUUUUGACUAAAUCAGGUCACUACAGUUGUUAACAAUUUUACUUUUUUUAUUAUCGUAUUUAUUUUAUCUUGAUUCCUCCCUUUCCUUGAAUUUUGUUACUUUGCAGACACCAGCUUAUAUGGUACAAAGUAUCAUGUAAGCAAGCAUAUACCAAAUCAUUUUACAAUAAUCACAUAAAGACAAAACACUUGCUCAAAUACCAAAAAAAGAAGGAAAACGAACAUGUCUCAUGUUUAAAGGACCACUAUAGUGCCAGGAAAACAUACUCAUUUUCCUGGCACUAUAGUGCCCUGAGGGUGCCCCCACCCUCAGGCUCUGGGGAGAGGAAGGGGUUAAACUUACCUCUUUCUCCAGCACCAGGCGGGGAGCUCUCCUCCUCCUCUUCGGCUGAAUGCGCAUGCGCGGCAAGAGCCGCGCGCAUUCAGCCAGUCCAUAGGAAAGCAUUGUACGCUGGUGUCUUCUCACUGUGAAAAUCACAGUGAGACGCACGCAAGCACCUCUAGUGGCUGUCUCUCUGGAUUAACCCUACUGUAAACAUAGCAGUUUCUCUGAAACUGCUAUGUUUAUUUAAGAAAGGGUUAACCCUAGCUGGACCUGGCACCCAGACCACUUCAUUAAGCUGAAGUGGUCUGGGUGCCUAUAGUGGUCCUUUUAAUAGGAUUUACCAGCCUUCAAGAAACCAGUAAUCUCUCAGAAAUCCAGGCGGUACUUUUUCACUCCCCAAUUUUUUAUUUUUUAUUUUUUAAGAUCCAUUGCCAUUAACUCUGGCGUUAAAUAAUGAAAAGAUAAACCAAAAGUAAACUGUUGAUGAAUAUGCAGUCACCUUGAGUUACAAAAAAACAUAAAACAUCAGGACACAAUGACAAAAAUACAAAAGAAACACACGAAAAAGAAAAAAAAAAAUUGUGUAGUUAUUGACAAUAAAGCGUUAUAAGCUGCUCUUUGCUAAUAUAUGUAUUUGAGUUAAACUCUUUCACAAAUAGAGAAUUAAAAACUGCCUCUUAUUUUGUUCUCCUUAAAAGUUGACAAACUGAUAAGAUCACUUUCUGUCAAAGAAUAGAUUGUUUGCCAACACUGCUCUACUUGUGCUUUGAUAAAUUAGGCCUUUUAUGUUAUCAACAUGUCAAACCCCCCCCCUACACACUGUAGAAAAGGAUGUAAUUUGUAGGGGAGUCAACAUUUCGUUCUAAAUUACAUUGAUGGACUUGGUGGGAAGAUGUCAACUAGUGUCCAGAAUAUCUGUCAUAUCAUUUAUUAGAACCUGGUCAGCUGUUUGGAAUGUGAAUCAUGACAAAAACAAAAUUGGACAUUUUAAAAAAUACUCAGAAGAGUCCAGCUGAACUUUUGUACACAUAACACUCCCUGGAAACGCGUUAUUUUCUACACCCAUUCUUCGACAGCUGAGCCAGAAGGUCAAUAGACAAUGUAGCAACGACUCUCCCAUGACUGACUCAGUUCCCACAGUGGAAUUUAGAUAUUGACCAUGUUUUCAUAUAUUGUAUUUCCAAAUUCAAUCUAUGUAGCAUGAGCUGCAAGUUUGCCAAGAAAUUAAGUAUAUUAUUGUCAAAAGAUCUAGAAUUCAAGUUCAAAACAAUGUUUCAGAUUUGUCAAACGAUAUACUUUAAGGACGAACGGUGGUCUGUGGUAGGAAGAUGUUCAUUGACUAUUUUAUGCCAAAUUGAGAGGUGAGCAACAUCAAACUUAUGCCAAUAGUUCCUCGUGAAUCAGUUAAAGCACCUAAAGUACAAAUAGGCUAUGUGACAAAAAAAAAAAAUCUAGCAAAAUUGAUAACACAACAAAUACACAUGUGCACUAUAAGUUUCUGAUGAAGUGCCUUUAAGGCUCAAAACAUGUAAGCAUCAGUGGCUCAUUUGCUCCCCCAUCUUCUCUGAUCCAGCUGUGUUUUUACAUGAAGAAAUAAAAGCACAUUUUAAAACUAAUUGAGAUGCCUUUCUUCCACCAGCUCAGCUUCUUGCCCACCGCACAUAUACAAUAUACCUAAAAAUUUUCAAUUUGAGCAAGGUUAAAGAUACAUAUUGGCAUAUUAACAUCUCUCUGGAACACAACAGGAUAAAGACCCACCUUUCAUCUACUGCCAUGACCACUGCACUAUAAAAAAAAAAAAGAAUCAGCAGAUAGUUCCUUCCAAAAUAGAUACAUUUCUUUUGUUGUUACCCUCACUAUCUCACAGUAUCAGGCUCAAGAUCGUGUGACUAAUGAGGACGACUGACAUUUAGCCUGGUUUUAAAUCAAUAGCAAUUCUUACUUUGGUAGAAUUACAGGCGGAAAAUCGUUGUGACAUAUUUUGGAUUGCGAUCAUGUUGAAACCAUUCCAUGCGAUCCUGGCCAAAAGUUAGAAAGAGUUAUUGGAAUCCAAGGCUGAAUUGUGAUUUAUCCCUCAAUGUCCUCAUUUUCCAACUGCAGGGCUGUGCUCAAUAAGUGGGACAUUCAAUAUAACUUCUUCAAUGACCAUACUAUGAUGGAAAAAAUGAUGUUGAGGCACGGAAUGUGAUGUCCACAAACGUUCAGCUGGAGUAUUUUAUACAAUUUCUUAUUUUGUUACGGUUAUCAUUCACGUAUAAAUGAUAUAAUAUAGGUAUAAUGGAAAGUUUGUUUAUUAGCGAGUUGACAUCUCACGACAAAGUCCAUCAAUUGUAAUUGUAAGUAAAUAAUUUAGAAUGAAAAGUUUACUCUCUAAAAUACAUAAUUUUCUACAGUGUCUUGAACAAAUUAAACUCUUUAAAUAUCCCAUCUUUCACCAUUCCCAUCUGUGAAUUUCAUUAAAUAAUUUGUGUUUACUUUAAAUUUCUUAAAUAAUACUAGUUUUAUCAUCUGUUUUUUGGAAUUAGUCUGGCUUCAUCGCUGCCACACCUUCACAGCACAUCAAACAUUUUGAAUUUUAUUCGAAUUGUCUAAAAUGAUGUAUCAUUUGCAGUUUCAUGUUCACUUAUAAUUUGUAGAUGGCGGUGUAUGUGCUUUGCAUAACAUUCAUCUUGUUUAAUUAUUUUGUAUCAGCUCAAUGUUUUAAGGAAGAUUAAUAGAUCUAUAUGUUUGUGCUAUGCAAAGCGAGCAAACUGCAAGAGCUUGUUUUUGUUUAAUGCAUAAUCUAAGAUAUAUACACAUUUAAUGCCAAGAGAGAGUUUGCUUUUCAUGAAUUGACCAUGGUAGGUUUAUUUUCAUUGGCCAGGCAUAAAUAGGUUGUUAUAAUGGAACCGAAGGAUACUUUUCUGUAACACGUAUGAACUACUACUGCCUGUCUAUCUUAACGACCGGUAUAUCAUUAGAUAGUAGUUUCAGGGCAGCUGGACUUGGGCUGAUUAGGUUGUAGUUCCACAUAUGCAAACCAAUAGUUACCUAUGAUGUAAUGUUCAGAUACUCUGGCCUCCUUAAUCUGCAACCACUGGCUAGUUAAGUUCUCUAGUAUCUGCCAUUUCGUAAGUGGGCUGUUUUACAGUGACAGAGCAUUUAAAUGUCUCAGAAUGACUCAAGCUAGAUAACAUCUAGUAUUAGAUACGUUGGUGAUCCAAACACAAGAGUGGUUAGGCCGAGCUUGGUCCAGUUUCCUACCAAGUUCUACGUUCAGCAUCUUAUGACAGAUGAUAAACAAAUUUGACCAAUCUCCUUUUCCUACUGGAUCCAGACAAACUCAAAUUUAGUGCAGAAGAAUUGACUUAAUCGAAUACUCGAGAGUAGGACGGCUGGGCCUUUAGGUAUGUUCAAUCAAAAAAUAAAAGUAUAUUCACUGUUUUAAAGGGUUACUCCAAGUACUGUGAUUAUAGGGUCUGUAGUCUAUAUGUACAGUGUUUCUUAUGAAAAUUGACCAUAUGAAGUUUAAUUGGUUUUCCUGAUCUUGGUGAGAUCUACAACUAAAACCUCUUACUUGCACAUUUAUGUAGAAUAUAUAAAUGUUUAUAGAAUAUAUAAAGUCUCACUAAACCUAUGUCAUUGUCAUUUUUGCUCAAUACUAUAAACUCUAUCAAGAGCUCUAAAAUUUCAUGUUUCAUCCUUCGACAUAUCGUUUUCUAAUAGGUCUCAUAUUUUAACAUGCUCAGUUUUUCAUGUAAUUUGUGUUUUCAUUUACAUUCUUAUUUUUAUUCACAUCAUUCUGUCAUGUUUUCUUUUUUUUUCUUUUUCGUUUUGUCUCUUCAUGUUUCCAUCCACCUCCUGUACUAGUAACUAAGAGACGCAAGGCCCAUCUACGGCGGCUGGACCGGCGAUGGACGCUGGGUGGCAUAGUCAACAGGCAACAAAGCCGAGGUGAAUAGAGAUUUAACUGGUGAACAAAAUAACUAAUGGUUGGUACUGACCUUAACCCUUUGAGGUGUGCCCAUUACCCCAGUCGAGAAACUGAUAACCAAAAUAACUUAACACUGUGUUUGCUGUGACUGCAGUAAAAGGGAAACUAUAAUUUUGGUGAAUGAUGCAGAAAAAAAAAUGGGUACAAACAAGUAUGGUACAUUGUGAGACUCUGCUCAGAUGAAUUUACAGUCUAUAGAUUGCCAGCACAAUUUGACAAGGGCUUUGAGGCAAACGUAUUUGUAAAAAGUUAUUUUUGUUUUACAUUAUCAGAAACUAGCGACUUAUAAUGUCCCAGUAUUAAUUACAUGGCUGCACUUUAUAACAUACCUAAUGACAUACGUACUAGGCUCUACCCAAACUAGCAAACUUGAAGAUGACAUUUUAGUUUCAAUUAAGGAUUUGUGUUGAUGUUCCUUCUGUGAAUCCGAGUAAACGCUAGCUUCCAACUAGGACACAUGGACAAACAAUGGCAAAAUCUGUUUGUUUCUUAAGGCGUUUUUGUCUGUUAGUGGGCUUUCUAAAACUUCCAAUGUGAUUACUACAUUACCUUCAUGAAGCGGUCAUAUAGCUGUAAAGAACAGCAACAAAAACUCACAGGGUUCUUCACCAACGUGAGAAUUCAAAGUGAAUUUAAAGUAAACGUCUCAUUUUAGGCCAAAGUAGCCAAACUGAUCACAUAGCCGACUUAGAAAAUUUUUCCAAUUUGCCUAUUAUGGCCUUAGAUUUGAAAUUCACUUUGAAUUCUCAAUUUAGAAAAAAACAAAAAAAAAACCCUGUUACACAAGCCACAAAGCCAAAGCAUCAUGGAGGUUGAUGUCUCUAAAACAUCUGGAGAGUUACACAUUGGGCACGCCGGCAUACACUGUAUUUAUUGAUCACUUGUAGCUCACUUUUAAAUUUUUUUUUGUACCAACCCCUAAAACAUAAAGACAGCAACGGACUGUAUUCAGUUAGGAAACGUUACCCUUGUUUUUCGGAGGAAGUUCCACAAAAAAAACUAUUUUUAGUUACUUCCUCUCCAAAGAAAAUGUAUAUAUCAGGGGUCCUCAAACUGCGGCCAUCCAGAUGUUGCUGAACUACAUCUCUCAUGAUUAUUUGAAUUACAUAGACAGCCAGAGAAUCAUGGGAGUUGUAGUUCAGCAACAUCUGGAGGGCCGCAAUUUGAGGACCCCAUGUAUAUAUUAAAAAAAUAAAGUGGGUUGGGGGGGAUAUUCUAUUUCUUGUAAUGUUCUCUUACUUCCCCUGCAUCCAAUAUACCAAUCCACAUAAUAAAUACAGCCUUUUCUCGUAGAUCAGUUCUGCUUUUAGGUUCAUUUUUAAUUCUGGAUGAGUAAAGUAAAAGAAAACCGCAGCUUUCCAACAGUUCUUUAUAAUCUUGUUCCCUCUGGAGUGUGCACAUAUUUUCCAAACUUGAGACAAAAAGACAGCACGAGGGAAAAAAAUAGAGAGAGAGAGAGGAAUAGACUGCUGACAGAGGGAAAGUUUCAGAACAAAAUCUGCUGUGGUCUGGUCUGGAAAAAAGGCAGAGUCUUCACAUUAAUGUAUUAUGUGAUCUAGCUCUGUCAGAAAAGCAUCCUACAGAUAAAGCUAGAUUCUCGAUGCGGCAAUUCGAUUUGUAUUAAAGUAGAUUCUGUUUCGUGUGCAAACGCAGAACAAUUUUUGUGCGUUCGAUAAAUCUACAUAUCGUGAGAUUGAGUGUCGAUAUAAGGAUUAAUAGGAAACACAUAGUAUCUGUUAGAGAUAGAUUAUAUUAUUGCCUGAUUCCCUACUCUUUGCUUUGCUAUAUAACGGACAGACGGACGGACAUUGGCACUCAUUCACAUUUGCUUAGUGCUUUUCGACAUGAAAAAUAGAGUGAUUUACAGUUUUGAAAUCUUCACUUUUUUGAAUACUUCUUCCCCCCCCCAAAAAAAAGUAAGGUUAGCCAUUGCUAUAUAUUUUGAAGGUGGAGAGUUAACAAAGAUGUCUUUUAUUAUGGUAUUUAUUAUAAGUGUGUUAAUCUUAAAAUGGUUCAGGAGUUAGUUCUCCAGCGGAUGCCUUUCAUAGGUGCAGGUUUAAAGGAACAUGCCAAGUGCAUUAACCCUAGCCUUGCACCUGGAACUCUUCCACAGUAAGUAGUCAAACCAUUUAAGAAUGGUUUGACAACUUACCUGGCAUAUUCUAGGUACCUGUCAGCAACCCCCCCUGGAGCUAAGCUUUGCCAUGCAGGGCAGUCUUAUUGACUGAGAGCAUCAGUUAAGCGCAUUCAGGCAACGAGCUUGGCCCGUCAGACCCAAGGUAAUUUGUCAAACUAUUCAGCUGCAUACAUUGGGAGAGCAUUAAGGCUUUCCUGGCCAUAUAACCACUACAGGAAACUUUAAUUACCAGCAGGAUCGAGUCAGUCCAUCAUUGGUCCAUUGGUGUGAGCAUUAAAGGCACACAGACCACUUUAGCCCAUUGAAGUUGUCUGGGUGCAUUGUCCCAGUCUCCUUAACUCUGCAAUUGUAAUUAUUACAGUUAUUGAUAAACUGCAAUAAUUACCUAGCAGGGUUAACUCCAACUCUAGCUGGUGUCUACCAGGAGCGCCAUUAAAGGCAUGUCCUGGACCUUAAUAGACUUUUGGUCUGCUAAAUGACGCUGGACAUCUUCACACUCUGCAUAAGGACAUGCAGUGUCAUCUAAAAUCCCUUAUAAAUCACUAUAGUGCUGGAAAAAAAAAAAAACUUUAAUUUCCUAGCACUAUAGUUUCCCCUUUACUCAAAACCUAUACUCCAGAUUGUGUUUGAAAAAUCUGAUGCUCAGUGUACCCUUUCUAUUGCAUUCAUAUUAUUUUGGAUUAACAUAUAAGAAUAUUUCUCCUAACGCAUAUAGUAUGAAUAAAAUCUAUGUUUUACAUUAUUUUCAGAACUAUAUUAAAAAACAAAAUUCAUGCAUGUGGUUUUAAGACGGACCAAUAAAAACCUCAUGGGCCGCCCUUUUCUAAAUUAUUAUAAUUUAGGCAUUUCCUAGCACUGUAUUCACAUUUCACAAAUAAAAUAGCAAUUUUUCAGCACGAUGCAAGUCACGCCAAUUCCAUGAGACUCUUGGUUCUUUUUUAUUUCGAAGGCCACAUUAUUUGUGUUUUUAUACAGUUUCUAUGUUUACCUCCUUGGCUUCCCUUAUUUUUUGAUAAAUUUUAUUGCAGAUGCAGACACAUUUGCUUAUUUCUUAUUAAAAUGUGCCGUUCCUAAAAAUAAAUAAUAACCCAGAAUACUCUCACCACAUGUUAAACUUUCAAAAAAUGUCCUUGAUCUUGUUCCAUACCAGUAAUUACAUAUGAAGUGGUUGAGAGCACAGGCUGGGCCAAUCCUUUUACGCCUUUGUAUAAAUCACAGUAAAUACUAGUUUGUAAGACAGGUGUGGGCAAAUAGAGAUUGUCCCAAUUGACUCAAAUUCAUAUAUUCUAAUGCAGAAUGAAAUCUGUCUGUCAUACAUUAUACUUUGAGAAGUAUAGCCUUAAAGGAGAACUGUCAUUUAGGAUUUGUAAUGGGUUUACUUAUCCCUAUAAAGGAAUACUAAAGUGUCAGGAAUACAAACAUGUAUUCUGGGUUAUUAUUUAUAGGUGUACUAGUGUUGUUUAGAUGUCUGCCUUUAAAAAAGGCAGAUUACUUAUCUUGUUAAGAGUGGCCCUGCCCUCUGUGUUUGCUUGGCUGAGAUCAAAUUGCUUGGCUGAGAUCAAGCAUAACUAUUUUAAUGUAUUCUUUGAUUCAAUAAAUUAUAUAUAUUUUUAACAUAUCCAAGUCCUUCCUUAUCUACUACUGGAAUUGGCACCCUUGAACCUGCUAUACAGAGCCUGGUACGGCUCUGUGAAAUGUGAGUGGUAGUCCAAAGUUAUAAUUUGUUCUGUAUUUGAAACAGUUCACACUAUGUUGUUAUUUAUUUUUUAGGUACUAUCCUAACUUAUUUCAGCUCAUGGUAGUAUCUUUUAUUCUGUAUCAUUUCACAUAUUUGGAGUGUGCAUGUAGACUGGUAUACUUCUGAAUUUCUAUAUUUGGUGCUACUGGGAAGCCCUUUUAUCAGUCACAUCAUCUAUUUAUCUUUGAAAUAUUAAUUGUGAAGCGCCAUACACUAGUUUGAUUGUACCCUUUAACAAAUAUGUUUGUGCGGUAAAAAUAAAAUGUAAAAAAAUAAAUAAAAUCUAUGCAUCCCUAUCCUGCAACUGGGUACCUCUAACUUAGCUCCCUGUCAGUCAUUGUUAUAAACUCUGUUCUUUGCAUCUGGCAGUUAUUAUAGAGAAAGCAUACAGAGAAAGAGAGAAAUAAAACAAUGUUUCUAUUUUAUCUCCUAAUUAACAAUAUUUGCCCUGUCUUUGCCUUGUCUGAAUUGGUUUAUGAUGAUAAUAAAUCUUUAUUGACCCCUCUUAGGGGAAAAAAAUAUAUAACAAACGUGGAAAGUGUAUAUACCGUGAUAACGACAAAAACUAAAUGAUAAAAUAAAAUAGGUUUAUCUGCUAAUCUGCGAUAUAGGUAGUAAUUACAGACCGUAUCUGGUGGCCACUAAAAAUAAAUAUUGUCAGCAGCUUCUUUAUUACAAAGUGUCUGUGGGCCAGCAACAUAGAAUAUGAAGUGUGAACGAAAAGAAGUACAAUGUAUCCUGUUGGGAUAGCAAAUACCGAUGAAACUCUUGAUAAAGUAACGUGCGUAUAAUUGCACAAAUAAAUAUUGUCUAAUGAGGAUAGCCCCAGCGGAUAGAUUCACAGUGCUUGCUAUUUUUAGGGGAGCUCCAAAAUCGAUCGUGCGCAAAGGUGGUAAAGGAGCCUUUGGGGAGAUGAACGGCAUUGUUGAACCAAACUAAUAGUAAAAGUCGGGUACUAACCGUCAAAAGAAUCAUAAAUCCUGAUUAUAACGCUCCAUUAAUUCCCCAAUGCCAAGCACGACUGAAAAUAUCUUGCUAUGAAAGAGAGACGAGUAGUAUGGUUGGUCCGGCCGGACACUAAUAAAUGAAAGAGUAAGUCUCUCUAAUACUACACCCUAAACACCUAAAGUGGACCGCGAGGGGAAUCAAGUAAAUUAAACAGAAAACUGUAAUAUAAACUAGAUACCAAGUACUCAGUGGAAGAGAAAGUGCUCUGUAGAUCAGUGUACCAUACAUCGAUACACUACACAAUUCUCGCCAGCCUAUAAUAAGAUAACUAAAAAGUCUCAAAGUAUAUAUGGAUGGCUGCCUAUAAAUCUGUUCCUAAAUAAUAAAUAAGGUGAUCUUCCAAUCCCAAUCAAAAUAAUAAAAAAGAGCAGAUGUCCUAAAUAAAGUACAUAAUGUACUAAAUUUGUAGUUCUAUUUAUGCUCUACGAUUAGCAAUUUAUUGCCUCAGUUACAUUAGGGGUAUAGAGACUGCUUUUGGGAGCACUUUUGUUAGUUAACCCAUUCCAGUCUCUUCUCUCUUUACUACUACUUUGGGUUAUGCCCUAAAUACCCUUCAACCAAUACAUCCUCAGUGAAUGAUUGUUCUGAUCAUUCACUCCGGUUGUACUUUUUUUUUUUUUGGUUUAUGAUGUUAUUUGCUAAAUCUUUAACAUACAUUUACAGUAGAAGAGGGGGUCUCCUGAAAAAAGGUUAAUAAUUUAUAUACAGAUUUUCAGUGAUUUAUUUAAGAAAAGUGACCGUUCCCUUUUAAUCUUGUUUCAUGACCGGAAUUGUACCAUGCUGCGAUUAAUACAUCAUUUUCUUUGUAAAAAUAUAAAAACGUAGUAGAUAGAAUCAUAAUAAAAAAUGACACCUUUUCAGACAAAUUUCAUAUGUUGACAGCGGUCAUCAAAUGUUCACUUUUCAAUGUAAUUAAUUAAACUUAAUUAUAUUUUCUUAAAUGAUGUAUACUGAUAUAUAAAAAAAAAAAAAAGUGAAAUGUUCUCAAAAUAUAACUGCUGAGCAUCCAUAACAUAAUUCCGACCCGGGCGAGGGGGAGUAAAAUGUUCUUUAAAUAAAUCGGUAUACAUAAUUUAAGAAAUAUACCAUUAAGUUUCAUUAAAUGUAAAAUGUUUUAAAAAUUAAGUGAAGUUUUGUUGACUAUUGUCCUUUAAGGAGAUACUCCUUAGGGCAACUUAUUUGACAUAUCUACUACAGCAAACUGUUUAGGAAUGCAUUGAUAUAAACUAUUACUCUUCUAAAUGCUUAGGGAAGGUCUCUCGACUGGUUUGAGAAUGCAAAACAAACCAUAGGUUUAUGGAUUCAGCCAACCUAGAUAACUUUGUACAUUUAACUCCUAGUUUAUUAAAAUAUAAAAUUAGGAACACAUUCUGUUUUUACAGGGAACACUCUGUGAAGAUGAGUGAUAUUGUGCAACAGGGUAUUUGUACAGUAAAGAACAUUGCAUGCUUUCAAUUCUUUCUAUAAUCUAGGAUUGUCCAGGCAGUCCAGAUGUCCUCCACCCUUGGAACUCAAUGAACCUUAUUACAUUGCAUCACUAUUUCAAAAAGGUCUGGCUUGUCAUCACAUGACAUUUGAAGACAUACAGUCCAGCCCGUGUACCUAGUUAAUCAACAGAGAUAGGCAAGCGUUCCAAUUGCAUCCUCCUAGGAUCUAUUCUCCCACCGUUAUCUCCUUUAGGUCCACACUCCUAUUGAGUUGAUAGAACCAUGGACUGGAAGAAAUAUUAAUCAUGCAUUAAUAAUGCAAGUAAGAUGUUCUCAUAUAUGCAAUGAAAUCUAAUAUGUUGCCAACCUCUAGCAGUAAAAAAACAUGAAAUUGGGGAUUUGGUAACCCUUGUCCAAAAUUAACACCGUAAGUCUGCAACUCUGUAUCCACUGAUGGGUUUUGAAUGGAGGAUCAAACCAGCAGAUCACCAGUUUUCCACGCUCAUGAUAAACUAUUUGUGGACAAUUUCAUGGGUCACGUGAGUUUAGCUGAUGAGCAGUAGAUAUUCUCUACUUCUUGAAUUAUAAUAAGAGCUUUUCGUCAAAAGUUGGAGAGCCAGAUGUAGGCUACCUGUAGAUGAUUAAGGGAUUUGUGCAAUAUCAGUUGGCAAACCUCCUUGGGGAGCUUAUGGGAAUGGUACAAUACCAGCUUGGAGGCACAAGUAAUAUAACUUUGGGGAUUAAUGACAAUUAAUGCAAUUUGUGCAAUUUCGGAGAGCCAUAACUAAGCUGCCCCAUAAGGAUUAUAGGAAUAGUGCAUUCUCAGUUGUAGAGCUAAAGGUAGGCUAUUUUGGGUGGAUUAUGGGAUUAGUACAAUAUUGGUUGGAGAGCCAGAGGUAGGUUGCUCCAGGAGGAAAUUGAUGAAAAACAUCUGAAGAGCCACAUGUUUCUUAGAACUGACUUAAAUUAUUGCAAAGAAUGUGUAUGGGAUACCUCUAAGCAGUAACGGGUUAUUGUUUCCCAUAAAAUAUUUUUGGCUACCCUUAGUGUUCCCAUUCCAUGCUUAUGGAUAGAUUUCUUUAAAGCGGACCUAAUAAGACGCUUCUUUCAUAUUAUCCGAUCUGUAUGUUCACCUUGGUAAUUUUCCCUCUGCUUUUAAUAGAAGCCAGCUGGGUGGAUGUGAACCUGGUAUAUUUAAUUCAUUAUGUAGUAAAAUAUUCACCAAACAUAUAGAAUAAUCACAGCCAACCAUUCGUACCAUUUGGCAGAUGUUGCCAGUUCAUUUGCUUCUAUUUUUUUUUCUUUCCCUACCUGUCAGACUGCUCACGUAUCUGUAUCCAGGGCUGUGUCAAUGUAUGUACAGUUUAAACAGACAGCUUGAUUUCAUUAGCAUCCAGAAUAGAAUAACUCCAUAGAGAUUCAUAUAAAGCACUAAAAUAAGCAGCCACUCCUGGGAUACAGCAGCCGCAAUAUAUUUAUAGUGUUAAUCACCAACGUGUGAAGUGUCAGGAAUUCAAAGUGAAUUUAAAAUUUUGUAACAAAAACAGCAACAAUAAAAACACACAACUUCUACUUCAUCUAAAUCUUCUGACAUUUGUAAUUCACUUUGAUUUCCCGAUAAUCCAUCCUUUAGUGAAUAAACCAUUUGAUGGGUUAUAUUAAACCGAAUGGAUGUCCUUUUGAGUUUUUACUUAUGUCGCCUUCCGUCAGUAUUUCAAGAGCAUUUUAUACUGACAAAUGGUCUAAGUUUCAACUCACAAACUUCUUCAUCCUCAUGUUUUAUAAUUACAUAGCAACUGGCAACUGCCAAAAUGGCAACUUCUCCAGAAAUGAAAACAUUGAAACAUGAUUUAGUAAACCUCACAUUCCAGUCCAGUCCUGGCACAACCAGGGCACACAUGUCUCUGUAUGCUUUCUCUGUGCUGACUGCCAGGUGCAAAGUACAGCAUUUAUAAUAAUGAUUGACAGGGAGCAAAGAUGGAGGACCCCAGUUGCAGGAUAGGGAUGCAUGGAUAUAUAUAUUUUUUUAAUAUUAAAAUGUAUUUUUCACACCUCAUAAAUACAUAAUUUGUUAAACAUAGGGGAUACGUAGACAUAUUAAAAAUUGUGGAAAGUGACAGUUACCUUUAUUGGCUACCAAAAAAAAAAAAUAUAAUAAUUAAAUUACAAAGUAAUAUUUUGGAGAAUUCUGACAUAGUACAUGAUCAUAUUAUGCUUGGCUUUCCAAAAUAUGAUAAAUUCACCCCCGUUUUCAUAGCUCAUUUAUGCAAGACUGAUCUGAGUAUUAUUUUAGUUAGCACAAAGUUCUUCGAGCUUUGUACCUCUAUUGGCACUGCUCUCUAAUUUUAUACUAAUCUUUGAUUUAUUAAUUGCCUAACGUUUAGAGGGAGUGGGAGUCCUCCUAUACAGAGAAAGAAAAUGGAAGCAUUGACCUCAUUGUAAAUAUUUAAAAAUGAACUCACCAUAUAUCUCUGUUAUGGGUAAAACAAGUCAGUGGCAGCUAAGGUAUGACGAACUAUUGAGUCAUUUCUACUUACAGAUGCACAUGAAAAAACCAAAGAUGUCUGCCCCCUUUCCUUCCUGCUUCGUAGACAGACAUGUUCUGAUCCAUGGAAUGUGAUUGUAUCUCUGGCAUUUCCUGAAACAAACCAUAUUUACACUAUAGAGCCAUCUAAAAUACAAGGCCGAUUGCUAAUACUGUUGGCUGUUAUUUUGAGAGGUUAAGAUUAAGUUAUCAUGAAAGGCAAGCUGUUAUUUUAAUUAGUGGCAAUAGAUUAAAUAUUCUUUGAAUAUUAUUGGGUUUCGGUAUUUGCAUUGUAUUUCUAACUAUGGAUUACAAUGAUAUGUUUGACAAAUUGUAGGAAAUCUCUAUAACACAGGCAUUUUUUGCCAAGAUUGAGAUCAAGUUAUCAUGGUGCAUAUUCACUAAAUCGAGAACCUGAAAUUGUAGGACAGAUUAACUAAAUUGAAAGAAAUUCUCCAUCUCUGCUUUUUGCAGUUUAUAUAUUGUGUCCUAAAUGUUAACUAUAUUUCAAUUACCAUAAAUGAUACCUUUUAAGAUUUUGUCUACACAUUGGGCUAGCCAAAGCGCUAGCAAAUGUAUACAUGUAUGUAUAAAAUUCUGCAAAAUUGUCACUCUCCCUCCUGACAUACAGUCAGGAUAGACUCCAUGCCGAUGUCGAAGUACAUGGCUAUUGGCUGUGUGUUGUAAGCUGUUCAGAUGUCCAGCUUCAACUAGCUUCAGUGCAUGUGCUUUCAGCCCCAUCUUGAUUCUAUGAGAAUCCGGCAAUGGACUUUGUCAGUACGAAGCACAAGCAGCGACAUGCACAACAAAGAAACAACAGAAUGACUGACACAUUCUGUUCAAUGUGCUGUAAAUGAUGCCCAUCACAUCAGCGUCAUCUUAGGACUCUUUUCCAAAUGUGGGGAAGUCAUGGCAGGCUUCCCAAACGAAGGCAGGAUAUGAACAGGGAUUUAUUAUGAAGCAGGUGAGUUUGUCUGAAAAGUCAAUCGCGCUCCAUACAAGGUAAGUGAACAAAAACCCUUUUAGGAAAUUACACAAAAAAGCAAAAGGAAAAAUUCAACAAAGUUACAUUUUUAACAACAGGUCUAGUUUAACAUUCCCAAUGUAAAUGCCCCAUACACCCCAGUUCAAUGAAUAAUUGCAGACCUGUUAUAUUGGUCCCCCCCCAUUAAACCUAUUCGUAAAAUUUAGGCAUAUUUAUUUAUAGGAUGCCGGUGCUGGCAGUUUUGCUUGUAUUUUCCUUGUUACCAGGAAUGGUUUGCGUUAAAGAUUUGCAUUUUAAAAUGUGUGCUUAUUAGAGGAACGGUUUGGCACGGUCGUUCUUUUACAUCACUGUAAGUAACAAUUGUUCAAUUGAUUUGUUACUGUAAUCCGGCUAAUACCCAUAUUGUAUUAAAAAUGAUCUUUCCAUUAAGCCUAGGAAGACGAAGCUGCAGUAAAAUAUCAAUAAUCAGGAUAGUACUUUGGCACCGUACUUGUACAGUGUCAAAUUCCACGUUCUAUUGUUUUUAUUGCAUCUGGCCAACAGGCGUUCAUCCCAGAGAGGAUAUAAUGUGUCACUGUAGCCAAGUGGAUUGAUUGCCAGUGGAGUAUAUCGUCAAGUAUGUGACUUGCUUUUUCUAAAUAGCUGGAAGUUCUGAGACAAUUCAAAAUGUAGCAUUGCCUUCUAAUAGCUGGAGAAAAUAUGGAAUGUCAUGUUAAUUAUUUAUUUUGUUCUUAUUAGAGGAGAAAUAUGUCACCAUCCAGCCCUACACCAGCCAAGGGAAGGAUGAAAUCGGAUUCGAAAAAGGUGUCACAAUUGAAGUUAUCCAGAAGAAUCUGGAGGGUUGGUGGUAUAUCAGGUAUGCAGUGAUUCUAGAAUGUCUUGUUAUGUCUCAUCAUUCCCUCACACUGUAUGUUCUAACCCUAUAAGGAAAGGUGAUCAGCCUUAUGUCCGUGUAGAAAGUUCUACUUAUAAACAGCAACCACGUACAGCAAUGGCAUCACUAAAUGGGCACCUAAGGACUGUCUUGCUAAUGACAACAAGCAUUAAGUCUUGAAUGCUUAAAAAAAAAAAAAAAAAAAUGAAUAAAGAUUUCAAAGUGAAUUUCCCAUUUUAGUCCAGGAUUGGAAAGCAAUGCUUUUAGUUUAGGUAUAUUCCUGAGAGUUCACAGGUUGCUUUGUGGGAAAUGCAGUCCACAACACCUGCAGUGCCAAAGAUUAUCCUGUGCUUUGCAGAUUUAUCUUUCAUGUUCAAGGAUGGGUGUAGAAGAAUGUGUCGGAACACAUGUUUUUGCCAAAUCAUAUAGCCACUCUGAGAACUUUCCUGCUGAUAAAUGAGGAAAAAUCAUGGCCACAAUUGCAAAAGCUGCAAAAUCGGGUUGUAACUUAAUAGCGCUCCAUCUUUUCCCCUAAUUCCUGCCUACAUGUCCAGUCUAAAUAAUAAGGAAGGUUUAACCUUUCAGUGCCCAGAAAAUGUGCUUUGCUCAUUCGUAAAUCUAUCAGAUUAGCAGUGGUUAAUUUAAAUGUUUAAGUUUAUAGAGAAGAGUAGCCAAUGACCAUCCAUCCACCGGCUGUAGGAUUACAGCUCUCAUUAGUAUACUCUGCUUUGUGAUAGCAAGAGGAUAAUUUACAAAGAGGGAUACAGUUAUAAUACAGAGAGCUGAGCAUAAUACAGAGAUACUCAUACAAUACAGAGUGCUGCUCAUAAUACAGAGAUACUCAUACAAUAAAACAAGCUGGCCACAACAUAAUGAUUUCUGUAAAUACAUGGAGCCGAAUACAAUACAGAAAUAACCAUACCAACAGAGCUGAGAAAUAAUAGAGCUAUAAUACACAGAUACCUGCGUAGACUACGGAUAUACCCAUAAAAUAGGUAGAUUGGCGUAAAAUACACAGAAAUAACACACACAGCUGGGCACGAUGAGGAGAUACUAUUAACUAUCCUACACAGCCAAGAUCACUGUGAUGGAUUACACAGAGCUGCAAUACAGAGAUGCCUAUACUAUAUGUAUUUGUAAAAUGCUUUAGAGCAUGCUCGCUUUCUCUUUCUGGUUAUCUUCCUAGCGCUCUUUUAGCUCUCCCUCUCAUGAUAUCAUCUUAAGUAGUGCUAUAAUAACUUUAGCUUUAUAUUAAAUAUUGCUGCUGUUAUGAAACGUGAGCGACUCCAUUAGCUCUCAGCAUGCAGUGUUCACAUCACGAUACUGAGACUCCAACCAUGUCAGCUACUCCUGACUCACACACAAUGUACACAGGGUUAAAGCAGCAGGAUACCGAUAGAUUCCUUAUUACCUUUGCAGCUGGCCAUAUAAUUAAUCUGCAGUGCUAAUAGAGAGCCAAGCCGUAGCUGACGUAGUUAAUAUAACCAAAAAUCAUUACAGAUUAAAGCAGAUUGUAAUUAGAAUCAGAUCAGAGUCCUCAGAGUCACAGUCCCAGUCCUGUGGUUUGAAAUGGACGCUAUAGUUAGCAGAAUUUCUACAGAUUAAUGUAAUGGUUCUGGUGUUUAUUGCCUGUCCCUGCAGACUUUUCAAUGUAAACACCAUUUUACAUUGUUGCCUAUUAACACCUCUAGGUGCAAUCACUCAGAUGGUCACUAGAGGUACAUCCUAUCACAGUGUGCAGCACCAACGUUCAGCAUCUCCACAUUCUGCAUGGAGCUGAUCGCUACUUGUAGAGAUGCAUUGAUUUAGACUUUGAGGAGAUGCUGACUAGAGCAGUGCUGCAUUUUGCUGUGCAUGCACAAUACCAUCUCAAUGCUUUCCUGGCCAAAUAGACAAGUAAUUGGUUAAUUUUUCUAAAGGUCUGUCCAUCAUUGCAGUCCUAUUUUUCCUGGUUAAAUACUUAGUUGUUAUUAUCAAUAUGGGUUAGUAAAAUGCUUCUUUGCAAAAAGCAAACUUAAAGGAACACUCCAAACUGGCAUUAAAAUGUGUCUUUUUUUUUUUUUUUCAUUUUAUAAAAAGUGCAGAUUUCAAUAGAAAUUGGAGUUUUAUAAAUUAACCUUGUUACACCCCCCUGGCUGUCAAUCAGACAACCCCUUCUGUUACUUCCUGACACUUAACUCAAGAUGCAGGCGAUCGCCCAGAGCAAGUGCCUUUUAAAGAUUUCUCAUUGAGCUGCAUUAGGACAUCUAUGAUUGGACAGCUACAGAAAGUCUGGGCUGGGUUUUUUUUUUUUUUUUUUUUUUUUAAUAUAUGCACAAUUUAAAAAAAUGCAUAAUUAAAUGCAUGCAUGUUUUAAUUUGGGGGGUAAAUCUAUUAAACAAUAAUUUCACUCAGGUAGUGGAGUGCCUGUGUUGGAGCAGUAUGCUAGAUUUGCCAUAGACCGGUCAGGAUUACUUCCAGGCACCGUACUUCAGGUGCUAUUCAUUAGGCAAAAUUGGUAAUACAUCCCGAUUAUAACAAGAUUAAAAAUUAACUGUUAAAUGAGAAUUAUUUUGUUUUUCUAUAUCCAUUCUGGACCAAUUACGUGCAAAGACCAUUGCAAUAACAAUCUAUUUGUCUAACCACGGUCUCAGAGGGAUUAAAUGCGAUUUGAACAUUUUCAGCAAGAUGGUGUUAUUUUUCACUUUAUAGACUUUUUGAUUAUUAUUGUAUUUAUUUUCGCAGAGUGCUUUUAGAAAGAGAUUUUUUUUUCUUGGAGCCGUAAUUGCGAGAUUGUGAUAGACAUGUUUGACAUAUUCUGGCAAUAAUCUUUUUACAGUUUAUUGUAGUCUCCCACACAGUUUUUAGAAGGACUUGUUAUUUCUCUAUUUGCUGAAUUUUGGAGUUGAUGGCUGGUGUAGAUCCUACAAUAUUCUGUAAAUCCACACCACCCAAGUGUCUGUAUUUAGGAGGAACAGUCCCUCUCCCUGCACCUCUCUUCUACCCUGGCUUGUCUGUUUUUCAGACGCUCAGAUCAUCCUGUGUAUACAAGUGUUUAACAGAGCUCUAGAACCUUAAUACAGACAGUAAUGGACCUUUUGUCUUUUCAUCAGUUUAUUUAAACAGUUGUUCCUGUAAAAACAAAUACAAUGUUCAUCCUCUAAAUAACACAAUUACACAAGUGACAUGCUUUCUCAUUCAAUUAACUAAAAAUCCCUGUUUUAUAUACUUAGUCACACCUCCAGCCCCAGUCCCAAAACACAUACACAAUGUAUCUCUGCUUACAUAAAGAGUUAUUUACUAAAGUUAGAAUUCAAAAUGAAUUUCUAUUUUAAGGAAAGUAGCCAAACUGAAAGCAUAUCUGAAUUCUCAGUUCUUUAGUAAGUGAACAUUUGCAUGACCGUGUUCACUUUAAAUUUGCUAAAAUAGCUUCACUCGCUGUAAAAAUCACUCCAGAGCACCAUAAAAUAUUUGUAUUGCUUUGACGAAACUUGAUGUGACUGCCAUGCUAUUCUAUGUGCUUUUUCUGUCUCUCUCCCGGUAACUAUAUGAAUAACUUAUUUAUAAUGUGCCAACAUAUUCCGCAGCGCUGUACAAUGGAUUCACAAGAAUAAAACCUCAAUAUUUAGCAACCAUAAUAUCUCGAGAGUUUCAGGAUUUCCUUAGCUGGCAAGAUGUUGGUCACCUCUAUAGCCUGAAGAUAUAUUUACACAUCUGCAGCAAGGAUUGACGAAUAAUAUGAGAAAGUUUACAAAAAAAAAACUAAAUAAAAAAAAAUCCAACUUUUAUUUUUCCUAAGCAAUAUUUUUCACACUUCGAUCUGUGAACUGAACCUUUUUCCAAAAGCUGCAUGUAAAAAGUGUUCCAACUUCUUAAAAGGGCAGCUAGUGAUCCAAUUAUAAACCCAUAAUCCACCUUAAAUAUUAUGGCAGGCUCCACCUUAAACAUGCAUUAUGCUGACAUUCCUCCCUGCGUGUUGAUCCUCAUUUCCUGUAUUUUUUUAUCAUUGGAAAACAGAUGUUGGGAACUGCUGCAGAGAUACAAAUUCUAUUUUACUUUCCAAUCCAGCUUUAUUCCGCAUUACACACCUGAGGUCUAUGUGCUAAGAGGGAGUUAGCGCACCUUAUCAUGCAGAAUGCAUAUUAAUCACUCUGCAAAUAGCUAUGUAUCAGAGUAAAAGCCAAUUCAAUACAGAACACAUUUUAUCAGAGUAAUCCAGCAACUGAUUCAUUUGUUUGAAGACUAAAGAAAGGAUGAAGGUGUUUACUGCAUAAAACAAAAUAAAAAAUAGAACCCUUUCCCAAGAUUCCUCCGCCUCUUGAUGCUCCCCUUUAUAAGGGAGUAGAGGUACUUUUUCUUUUUGUUAAAGCAAAAUUGAAACGUUAGAAAAAGAGAAGCCCAAAAAUAUUGAUGUUAUAAUAAUUUUUAUUAAUAAACUGGAGCUGCGACCCUUCUGUAACUUGUGGUAAAGAGUUAUGCCAAGCACCGUUACCACUUAAUUUAUUUGAAGUGUUUAUGGUGCUUGGAGUAUAUGCAGCCAUUCAGUACCUGACCCUGGUGGAGUAUUUUUUAUUUAUUUUUUUUUUAAAUGAGGGGUGGGAUCAUAUCAGCAAGGGUUACUCCGACGAAAAAAGUGUUUUAAUAAAAAGCACAAUUUCUGGUCGGGCAAAACCUUUAAUCGCAAAUAAAAAAUUUUUUUUAAAGUGAACAUGCAGUUAGGAACAAAUUGCAAUAUAGGUGCACACUUGCGAUGACAUCUGAGAUGAGUAUCAUGUAAAAAAAAAUUUUGACAUUUUUUCAGUACUUAAUGGGCUGUUUUAGAUAUGGAAAAGUUCAAUAUUACUCAGUUUUUACAGAGUUAUCCAUUUACAGUAUGUAAAAAUAUUUCUUCAAAAUUUAAAUUUAUAUUUCAUUACUUGUAAAGAUAUCAAGGCAAAGAAGGCUGGGCUCCAGCAUCCUACCUGAAGAAAGCCAAGGAUGACCUCCCGUGCCGAAAGAAGAAUCUGGCAGGUCCCGUGGAAAUUAUUGGCAAUAUUAUGGAAAUCAGUAACCUGAUUAACAAGAAGCCGAGCAGUGACAAAGAUGGCCAGGGGGGUAGCGAGAGCGAAGAACCGCAAAUCACCAAGAAAGAAAUCAGCUUGCCGAUCCUGUGCAAUGACUCUAAUGGAAAUUCCAUGAUGGGCUCUGAAACGUUACCGUCCAAAAUCACACCAGGAUCCCCAGCGGUGGCAAGAAUCGCCCCCCAGAGAUCUGAAAUAAGUAAGGAGAUUGGUUUCAGUCUUUUUGACUUACUGACGACUAGACAGAUAAAACUAAAAUUGACAGACUUUUUCCCCUCUAAUUAUGGCUACAUUUAUUCCCUACUAAAUCCAAUUAACCCAACUCCAUGGAAGUGUUUCCAUGGUGGAGGCGAAGAACUAAAGGAAGCGCUCGGUGUAUAUAGGACCAUAUUUAUUAAAACAGAAAGCAGGUGCAAAUCACCAUGGAAAUGAACAGAACAUUUAUCACAUCAGAUUAGCACCUGUGUAAUCUUGAUAAAUAUGGCCCAUUGAGAUCCUUCUCUCAUGGAAGAUAAUGCCCUGAUGGGUGCAACAGACUGGGCGGCGGGGGGCUCUUUGCACAAUAACCAAUGUAGCAUAUAUACAAGCGUUAUGGUGCUUGGAGUUUCCCUUUCAAGAAAUCAUGUUUGCUAUAGCUCGAUCUGUAGAGUAUUACACCAUUGUAGUUAUACAUUUUAACUCAUUGCUACUCAUAAAAUAGCUUAGUCUUGCAAAAAAUAAAAAACAAACAAAACUAAACAUUUAAACAAAACCUACAGAGAAAGACGUGGCAAAGAGCAUUAACAAUAGGAAUAUGAACUAACGCGCAAAACUAUGGUUUUCCCUUUUCAGUCAAUAUUCAAGAGCACCAGUUAGUAAUUAUGAUUGUACAGACAUAUUUAACAGUUUGUUUUUUUGUAUUUACGAAAGAUGUUCCGGGAAGACAUUUUCUUAAAGUCAUGUUUCCUCUGUCUUCUUCCAGGCUCUCCAAAUCUUAGAAUGAAGCCUCCCCCAAGGAGAGAGUCUAGUCUGGUUUGUAUUUUACAUUUUUAAUUUUUGCUCUACCACCUGAAUAUUUGUCUUUUCAUUGAUUAGUUUUGAAUCCUAAUACAACUGUAUCAUUUAAAGAAGCAGUAGGCUUAUUGCACUUUGUUUAUUUGGUCGAAUCUAGCGUGCAUUUUCAAGGACCAUGGUGGUCAGUGUAAUCACAUCCAUCAGUGAAGGUCCAGCACGGCUCUGUGGAAUGCCGUAACCAGUGGCGUACACAUGACCCAUGGGGCCCCGGUGCGAAAAUUGAUCCGUGGGCCCCCCCACCCCACCCCCCCCCCGCGCGCGGGCCGGGCCGCAACACAUGACGGUGGGCACCUGGUCGCAGAGGUUACAGGGCUGCGACCCCUGCGACCGCGGUAUGUACGCCAGUUCAUGCAGACGCACACACACUUAAAGGACCACUCUAGGGACCCAGACCACUUCAGCUUAAUGAAGUGGUCUGGGUGCCAGGUCCAGCUAGGGUUAACCCAUUUUUUCAUAAACAUAGCAGUUUCAGAGAAACUGCUAUGUUUAUGAAUGGGUUAAGCCUUCCCCUAUUUCCUCUAGCUGCUGUCUCAUUGACAGCCGCUAGAGGCGCUUGCGUGCUUCUCACUGUGAUUUUCACAGUGAGAGCACGCCAGCGUCCAUAGGAAAGCAUUAUGAAUGCUUUCCUAUGUGACCGGCUGAAUGCGCGCGCAGCUCUUGCCGCGCGUGCGCAUACAGCCGACGGGGAGGAGAAGAGGAGGAUCGGAGGAGGAGAGCUCUCUGCCCAGCGCUGGAAAAAGGUAAGUUUUACCCCUUUUCCAGAGCCGGGCGGGAGGGGGUCCCUGAGGGUGGGGGCACCCUCAGGGCACUAUAGUGCCAGGAAAACGAGUAUGUUUUCCAGACACCCAGAUCACAUCAGCUCAAUUAAGUUGUCUGGGUGUCACGUCCCUCUAGUUUUAACCCUGCAGCUGAAAACAUAGCAGUUUCAGAGAAACUGCUAUGUUUCACUGAGGGUUAAUCCAGCCUCUAGUGGCUGUCUCACUGACAGCCGCUAGAGGAGCACACUGAACGUCCAUAGGAAAGCAUUGAGUAAUGCUUUCCUAUGGGCGGUUUGAAUGCGUGCGCGGUCGCAUUCUGAGCUGAGAGGCUGAGGGAUCCUCAGCGCCAAGGGAGUCCGGCGCUGGAGAAAGGUAAGUGCUGAAGACACACACACACACACACACUUACAGACGCAUACACACUAGCUAACAGACACACAUUUACUGACAGAGACACAGUCAGCGACAGACAUACAUACACACUCACUUACAAAACAUACACUCUCAUUGACAAACACACACUCACUAACUAACAGACAUCAGACUCACUAACACACACACAGUAACACACUCACUGACACUCACUAGCAGACACACACACUAACACUCACUCUAACACUCACACACACUAACACUCACUAGCAGACACACACACUAACACUCACACUAACUAGCAGACACACACUCUCACUCUAACACUCACUAGCAGACACACACACUAACACUCACUACCAGACACACACACACUAACACUCACACUAACACUCACACUCACUAGCAGACACACACACACUAACACUCACUAGCAGACACACACUAACACUCACACACUCUAACCCUCACACUAACACUCACACACUCUAACCCUCACACUAACACUCACACACUCUAACCCUCACACUAACACUCACACACUCUAACCCUCACACUAACACUCACAAACACUCUAACCCUCACACUAACACUCUAUGUUUUUUUUUUUUUUAUUUAAUCCCCCCAGCCUCCUUACCUUUUGGAGUGCUGGGGGGGAUUCCCUGGUGUCCAGUGGCCCUGCUGGGCUCCGGGCGGGUGGCCGGUCGGGCAGGCGGGCGCGCGAGGGAGCACUCAGUGCUUCCUCUUCAGCUCCCUCGCGCUCCGCAUAGGGAUGCCGGAGCUGGAAGAUGACGUCAUCUUCCGGCUCCGGUAUCAGUGCGGUGCGCGAGGGAGCUGAAGAGGAAGCACUGAGUGCUCCCUCGCGCGCCCGCCCGGCCGCCCGCCCGGGUCAGCAGGGCCAGCCUCAGGGGGCCCUGAGGUGGCCGCCUCCUGGGCCCCCCUGGGGAAGAGGCUGGCCCUGUGGCUACAUACCGGGUCGCAGGGGCGGCCGGGCCCCCUGGUGGGCCGGGCCCGGUCGCAGCCGCGACCCUGAUAUGUACGCCACUGGCCGUAACUUCAGUGAUAAAUUUAGAUGCACAAGGCCAGCUGUGGAACAGGGGACACAGGGUUACCCAAGAAUUUAGACUCCGAGCUGGUCAGGACCUCACCUGGGGCCACAGCCAGAAUUAGCACCCCAAGCAACUCCCCUGACAUGGACUAAGAGAAAAAUCCAAGAUUUAGUAACUCUGCUUAAGAGAAAUCAUGUAGCAGAAAGAAUAAUACAAAAUAAAUAAAUACUGUGUACCCUUACUGAUUACAUUACCAGCACUAUAUAAGAAUAACGAUACAGAUGACAAUGCAGUAUAACUAUUCCGUACUGUACUAUACUAUAAUAUUGUAUAUUGUGAACAAGGGAAUAUGGUAUCGUCCUAAAGGGAAAUCAAGUGAUGAUCUCUAUAUAUUUGAAUUAUCACCCUAAAUGAUCCUUCAUUUAUAUAGUUGCAAGUCACUUUUGCAAUAUUUUUCACUUUUUUUUUUAGUUUUUAUGGCUUCCUUUGGGUAAAAAAUAAAUAAAUAAAAAAACAGAAAAAUUAUUAUAAAAUAAUAAGUUCCUUAAAAUAACAAUUACAUGUUUUUCCAUAUAUAUAUUUAAAUACAUUUUGAAAUAUACAGUAAUAUUGAAAUAUACAUCCAUCUCAGUCCAAAUAAAUUUUUUUUAAUGUAUUUUUUUGAUUGCACUAUGGCCCAGCUUAAAAAAAAACAAAAAAACAUCUGUAUGCAAUCCAUCAUUUUUCUGUAAAAAUGUAAUAUUUGUAAACCCUGGCUUAGAUUUUAUAAACUGCCAAAAGAAAAUAGCACAGUGUAUCGUGGAUAAUUAUACAAUCUCCUGGUUACAGUGUGUUCUUUGCACAUGCUGGAAAAGUCAUGAUUUCAAAUAUCAUUUAUUGUGAUUUUUUUUACAUUUUUUAAUUUUUUUUCCUGCAGGGAUUCCAAUUACCAAAACCUCCAGAGCCCCCUUCAGUUGAAGUAGAGUAUUACACUAUUGCUGAGUUCCAGUCCUGUAUAUCUGAUGGGAUAAGUUUCCGUGGAGGUCAAAAGGCUGAUGUAAGUAAAAAAUAGUGGGUUUCUAACUACUAAGGGACCAAAAACAAAAAAAUGUAGAGUGCCAGACUGGUUAAUGGUGUUUAAUGUGCUGGUACUACAGUUCCCUAAACUGGUAUCAACUCAUAAUCGUUGACUCUGGUAAUUGUGUGAAGUUCCCUACAGAAACCAAUGUAACAAAAUAAAUGGUAAUAUUUUAGAUCUAAUACUUUAUCAGAUUGUCUCAUAAAGAUCAUCUAUUUGACACAGUGCAGCGUUUUGCCGUGCAUGCACUAGCUUCCCAAUCCUGUCCCAUAAAAAUGCAUUAGAUCAACUGAGAUUAUCGGUCUUGAUUAUCUUAGCCAAUUGAGGUGGGACAGCAGAGCAAAGACCAGCCCUGCAAGGGGAAAGAUAAGUAAAACUGCAUUGUUCCCACUUGGACUGGGGAGACAGGGGGGCAAGCAGCUAAAUGGCUAACAGUGCACUAUGGCAUUCCUAACACAAUAGUGUUCCUUUAAGGAAAAUCUGUUACUUAAUAUAUAAUCUAUUCCAUGCAUUAUUUCCCUUGACUGUAAAACAAAAACUAACCAAUAUUUUAAAUAGAAGCUUCACACACACUUGCACUUUAAUAUGUUACCUGUGUUAGUGUGGUAUUCUGAAACUCGAAAAAAAAAAAAUUAUUAAAAAAUAAAUUCUAAAACUCACCAAAAAAAAAAAAAAAAAAGUGUAUAUAUAUAUAUAUAUAUAUAUAUAUAUAUAUAUAUAUAUUACAUACAUACAUACCCACUUUUAAAUAUAAAUAUAUUUUGUUUUAGGUGAUUGAAAAGAAUUCUGGUGGUUGGUGGUAUGUCCAGAUUGGAGAAAAAGAAGGCUGGGCACCGUGUUCCUACAUUGACAAAAGAAAGAAGCCCAAUUUAAACCGAAGGACAAGCACUCUUACAAGGCCAAAAGUUCCUCCACCCGCUCCACCAACUAAACCGAAAGAUGCGGAGGAAGGGUCAGCUCCGGGAACAAUCUGUUCAUCUGAAUCCAAGGACUCUCCUUUAAAACAGAAAUAUGAGGAACCAGAAUAUGAUGUUCCUGCUUUUGGUUUUGAAUUGGAAACUGAACCAAAUGAUUCCUCUCAGGGUUACAUAGAUGAGGUUAUUGUUGAAAGUAUGUUUCAGCCUUCAAAAUCUUCACCUGUAUCUUCUCUCCAGAGGGCAAAGUUUAAAGUUGGCGAGUAUUCUGAAGAUGUCACUAAUGAAGAAGAGACUAUUUAUGAAAAUGAUGGAUUCCGCCCCUUUGGAAACGAUUGUAUCGCAAGCAAAGAAUCUAGCGGUGAUUCAGAUUCACAAAAAAGCUCUUCGGUUAUUUCAAAAAACUCUCCUACUGCAGCCACUUUAAAGCCACCCCUCUUAAAGCAAAAAUCAGAAAGAAAUGUCAACCAAGAAGCUGUAAAAAGUGUCUCAUUCUCAACAAGUGAGGAGAAAAAACCAAGGUCCGUUUCAGAUGUAGGUUUAUGUACUGUACCAAAGGUUGGUCCAAAGAAAGAUACUGAUCAAAAAACAGCAGUAGUUCCUUCAACCAAAGCAAAGCCAUCUGUUAGACCAAAACCAUUUUUAAAUAAAACAGACUCUCAAGAUAAAAUGGACAUAAGCACUUUGCGGCGUCAACUGAGGCCAACAGGACAGCUGCGAAGUGGUCUUAAGGGUUCAAAAAGUGAAGACUCUGAACAUCUACCAAAGACAGCAUCUGAUGAGGUGGAUAGCAUUCCGAGAAGAAGUUCUGUGGAUCUCCCCGCUAGUUCAUCUCAUCCUGUCAUUAGUACAAAUAAUGAUGAAAGCAAUGAGCAAAAGGAUAUUUAUAUAGCCAGGAGCUCCUACCAAAAGGUACUGGAUUCAGAAAUAAGCUUCCCAACAGGAGCAAAAGUGCAAGUCGUCGAAAAGCAAGACAGUGGCUGGUGGUAUAUAAAAUACAAACAUUUAGAGGGAUGGGCACCAUCACAUUUUCUGGAAGAGGUAGACGAUACACAGUCUGAAAUAUCCACAUCUGAACCUGAUCCAAGCAUAUGUAAGAAAAAUGAAAAUAAGUCAAAUAGCCUUGAGAAGAUCGAAAAAAGGGUGCAAGCUUUAAAUACUAUUAACCAAAGCAAGAAAGCAACACCUCCUGUCCCAACCAGGCCCCCAGGAGGGUUCUCCAAACCACCAGGACCAGGAAACAAUGUUGUGAAAUUAAGAAAUGGAAUAAAGCAGGUGGCAGUCAGGCCACAGUCUGUGUUUGUUAGUGCACCACCAAAGGAUAACAAUAUUUCUUGCCAUUUACGCAGGAAUGAAUCACUGUCCGCUACUGACCACCUGAGAACUGUUCGUCGAAACUCUUCCUUUAACACUGUCCGUUCUCAAACUAAUAGAUCUAAGAUAAAGUCUGGAGAAAAAACAGAAGCAGAAACUUCAGAUUUAGAAACAGUUCGGUCCCCACAAAGAAAUGGAAUACCUGUGUCCACUGUUCGACCUAAACCCAUCGAGAAGUCACAAUUUAUUCAUAAUAACCUGAAAGAUAUAUAUAUCUCCAUUGCGGACUAUGAAGGAGAUGAUGAAACUGUAGGUUUUCAAGAAGGUGUUUCUAUGGAAGUGUUGGAAAAAAAUCCAAAUGGCUGGUGGUACUGCCAUAUUCUUGAUGGAGGGAAACCAUUUAAAGGAUGGGUGCCCUCUAACUAUUUAGAGAAAAAAAAUUGAAAGUGUAUAUACAUCUAUAUGAAUAUAUAUAUAUAUAGAUAGAUAUAUUUAUCUGAUAAAAAGGUAAAAUAAGUAACACUAAUGUCAUUAUUUAGAUACAGAACUACUGCCAAGUCUGGAAUGUUUUGAAUUCUUUUGAUGAGGUCAUUGCUGGUAACAAUUUGUUCUUUGUAGACAAUAUGUUAAAAAUUAUAAAAAGAACAUAAACGAUUACAGAUUCACGGUUUGUUAGUUCUACACAAAACGUGUAUUUUUGUGCCUUCACUACAAAAUGUUUCUACAAAUGUGCAGAAAUAUUUAAGGAGCUUUGUGGUAAAUUUCUCAAUUAGUACAGUUUCCCUUCAAUCCACACCUUGUUUCUUUCCGAGGUUAGGUAGGGAAGGAAGUACUCUUUGCGAGUUCUCGCACAAUUUCUAGCAAUUUAAAAAAGGAUUCUUAAACCUGUUCUUAAAUGUUUUUGUUUUUUUUUGUUAAGAGGCGUUGUGUUCUGCAUAGUACACAUGUUUAUGGAUAUACUUCUUCCAAAUGUAUAUGGAGUUUGAGUUUAAAAAUACCAAAGUCCAGUUCUAGAAGACCCUAUACAAUGCAACGCCUUAGAAGCUUGCUUGUGAUUUCUGUUGGGGUCUGCAAAGUCCUGUUUUGUCAUUUUCCUCAUUAUUUUAGGUUUUCUACCCAACUUUAAAAUUACCAAUCCUGUAGAAAUGAAUGGGAGCGGAGGGGUGUUAAUGAGUAAGAGAAAAAUUCUGAUCUAUACAGCUCUGGUCGAUUUUAUAAACCCUUUGUAUACAUCAGAUAAUUACUGGAUGUGAACACCGUUCCACGAUUGGUCAGUGGUGCGGAUUUUGUUGUAACUGGUUUACACACUAACUUGCCAUAUACAAAAUAUUAUAUACUGUAUACUGUAAAUGGAGUAUAUGUCCAGGUUUGGCUUUAGAAGAAGGAGAUUGUUCAUAACCUUGUUGUUUACAGAAUAAGCCAUUGAUUCACACUUUGCGGAAUAUUUUAUUUUUCCUUUUGUAUAUAUUGAUUUUUCUUUUUCUUAUAUUUUUUUUAAUGGAUUUUCAGGAAAACGUGAAUUAAAAGUGGUUUGAAAAAAAGCAGAACAAUGCAAAGCAAAUUUGUUGUGAGCAAAUAUGAGUUAUGUUUUUGUAAGUGCUCAACUUUUGCAAAAUUUACAUGGUUUACCUGUUCGAAUACCGUGGAAUCAUAAAUCUGCCAAGUGGAUCUGGUCAUAUUGGUACAUUUUGAUUCAUACAUUUUAUCGCUAUGUACACAAUGAACAAUAACUGACCCACGGAAAACCUGGUUUAUCAUUUGUGGAACAAGCCACUGAGCUUAUAUACGUUUGUAAAUAUACCAUUCUACUCGCACACACGUGUUCAGGAAUUAUAUGUAUUAUGUAAUGUGUGCACUUGAAAUGUCAGGAGAAAACUACAAAUAUAUUGAUCAAUGUUGUAAACAUCUAGAAUUUAUUAUGGUGGAUUUGAUCACAAAUCGGACAUAUCUGCCAUUGUUAAGAGUUUAAAUUGUGUAAUUAUAUUCAGUAUCACACAACAAUGGUGUCUACUGGGUACUAUAUAAUAUGAUAGGCAUAGGCAGAGUAGUUGUCCAAGGAGAGGAGGAAUCCCAGAAUACAUUAUUGUUAGAAUUUCCAAUGCAAAAUAUUCAAUUUUGUUUAUAAGGGCUGAACGAAAAACAUCCAGGUUUUGUAACAAGUUUAAAUCAGGAAUAUGAAAGACUUAAAAAAAAAAAAAAAGAAGAAAACAACAAAUUCAAAUUCAUUGAUUUUUAUGAAAGGAUUGCUAGCAUUAGUUAAAAUAAAAAACACAAAUAAAAUUCUAAAAACAGCCAGCGUGUUACAGGGUUACUGUAAAUAGUCGAAACUAAAAGCCUUGCUUCAUACGUUACCUACGUCAAAGUCCCUGGGUGAAAUUCUACAAAGAAGUUAUUUUGCUCUUAAACUAAAAUUGACACAUUUUCGGAACAGAAGUUGCACAACUUAUUAUAGUUAACCUGGCAGUUCAAGAGUUAAUUGCAAACUUGGUUUAACUACCUAGUUGCUGUAUAUAGGGAUUGGCAUCUCUUAUUUAAUAGACUUGUGGAAGCACUAUAUAGUUCUGCUGGACAGUAUUAAACAGAGUAAUACAUAGUUUAUCUGCUAGACUGCAGUACUAAUAGUAGCAAGAUAGUUAAUCUUAUUAAUUAUAUUUUAUAUAUAUUACUUUUUACCAAUAAUGAUUAAGGAGUAGUUCAUUAUUUGAAAACUGAUGCACUUUAACAAUAGCAAGAUACACUCAAGUGCAUUAUGAAAAAAAGUGCAGUGCAUACAGAACAUAAAGCAGGAUGUAUUUAUAUAUUAAAAUAUUUAUAAUUAUUUAAGUCAUUAUACUUCUUUACAUCAAGUUGUCGUACAGCUAUCUAUCUGUAAUUUGUAGAGAUGCUAAGUUAAAGACUAGUGCUUUACUUUAGAGCCGGGUGCCCCCCCACCCCCCCUAAACCAUCUGCCCCCUAACAGCCAAUCAACAAGUGGAGCAAUGCAGACACAGUAGAUGACCCUCAGAGCCACUAAUGGCUUGUACUUUCAGGUUGAUCAUACCAUUCCACCAGUGGUGAAAAACAAGGUAGGAAGAAAUUGACAUGAUCUAGGCCAGUGUUCUCCAACCCAGUCCUCAUGGACCACCAACAAUCCAGUUUUUUUUCCAGUAUCUCCAUUGGAAUAAAACAGGGAAAUGCAUAAAUUUUGGACUGUUGGUGGUCCAUGAGGACUGGGUUGGGGAUCACCAUUAUUAUACUCCUUAAAGGGCAACUGUCACUUUGCACGAUUUUUAAAGUUCUGUUUACUUAUCAGUACAUUUAAGAAAAUGUUUGUGAGGUGUGAAAAAUAAAUCUAAAAUGUAGAAAUCUACACCUCUUUAUCGUACAACUGGGCGCAUCCAUCUUAGCUCCCUGUCAAUCACUGCUAUAAGCUCUGUCCUCUGCAUUUGACAUCAGCCCUAGAGAAGGCAAACAGAGAAGAGGGGAAAUGAAACAAUGUUUCUAUUUCUCCUCUACAGUUUGAUUGCUUGCCCUGGCUUUGCCUGUCCGAGCUUGAUUACGCGAUUACGUUAUUUUCUCAAUCUUUAAAAUAAAAUUAGCACAAUUUACCUAUGAUUUUUUUCGUUUUAUUCAGUGGUGUAAAUUCCAGAUAAGUGACAGUCCCCUGUUAAAAUAAUUACAAUUAAAUAGCUUUUUAUCCCCCAUCACUUAAAUUCACAAAUUCUAAAGCUUAUUUCACUUAUCAAGCAAAAGCACCUGUUUAUCAACAGAAGGCAUCCUUUAUCUCUUCAUAAGGCCAUUCUUAUUUAAUUCACAGUUUAUUCACUAAACCAUUUGUAGUGAACUGCACGAUUAAAGUAAUCAUACCCCAACGGCUACGGUAGCAGAUUUGCAUAAUUUUUGCCAACAUUUCCCAAUUAUUUUCAGUUCACUACGACAUAGCAUAUAGUGGAUAAACCCUAUAGAAAAACAUUCAAUUUAUUAAACAAAGUAAUCAUCUGUGAUCUAUUGUCAAACUUUUUUUAAAAAACUUUUUUUAAGUCUAGAAGUAUCAAAUAUUUGCUAAAAAUCUUAAAUAUAGAUAGAUAGAUAUAUAAAUAACACUAUACUUGAAAUUUAAACAAUUAGGCAAAGUACCCUGUUCAGGAAUAAAUGACCCGGUUUCAUUAAACUGACACUGUGAUAAUAGAAUAACAUUGUAAUACAUGUUUUUACACAUUAUAUAGAGAAAGUGACUUCUAUAGGUAAAAGAAUUAUCUUGCUAAUCAGAAGGGCCCAUCAUGUUAAUAUUGAGCUGCAGCAGAAAAAAAAUAAAAAAUAAAUAUAUAUAUAUAUAUAUAUAUAUAUAUAUAACAUUACAGAAGAUAAGAAACUCAAGUUUAAACUGUUAUAUAUAUUAGAUCAAACCGAAUAAAAUGCCCCCCCAAAAAAUAUCUUAAAAAUGUGAAAUUUGUUUUGUUUGUUUUUUGCUAAAUACUGCAUACUGCAACUUUCUUAAUAAUGAGCACUUCCGAGUUCGUUAUUGAUUGUUAUACAAUGCCUGAAUUUUUUUUUUUUAUAUGUUUUGUAUGUUUUCUUAUGGUUCUUACAUAAUGUUUAAAGAAAAGAAAAAAAAAAAGUUAUAAUUAUUAUAUCUAAUUUUUUUGUACAAGCCUUUCAGUGCCAAAGGGGAAAUACAUUUUACAACCAUUCACUAUUCUACAAAGAUUCAAGUUAAAGGUUUCAUUUUUUCAAAGUUUCUUUUGUGAAUAUUUAAACUGUAACUUGGCUGAUUUAAAAUAAAAAAAAUAAAUGUUUUAUAAGUCUUGGAAACAAAUAUUCCAUUUCUAGUAGUAUGGCAAAAUUAGUUUACUUUACCAUAUCACAUACAGCGCUGCCUUAACUACAACAUGUUCAACAGUAAGCCUUCUAGAUACUUCUGGAUACCAAUAAGAGUUGUAGAGCCAAGAGUUAUAGGACAACCUUUUUAAGAACAAUGUAACUUAAAGGUUUACUCCAACCCUUUUUCUUUAUACGCUCAACUGUGUUUAUAGGGCCAUGUUGGGCAUUUGUCACUAGUCCCUCCCAACCCUACGUUUUGUAAUAAAAGCUGUAAAAUAAACUAAUCUUGAAUCCAGCACUAAGCCAAUUUCUUCCUCUCCAUCUCCAUCUUCAUGUCGUGCCACUCAAAGCAAGCUACUCAGUUUUUUGUUUUUUUUGUGUGGGGGGAAUGACAAAGGAGUGUUUCAAUUUGACAGUGCAUGUACGAGAGUAGUGAGCACAAAGUUCUACUGACUUCUACAUGCAGGCUCACUCGAAAGCUUUGCCUGCAAGAGAAGGAAUCAAAUAUGCCAAUCAUUAGCGCACAGUGUUACGGUUUGGGAGUAAUUUUGUUAGAACAAAAUUAUUUUUUUUGAGGAGUCCGAAAACAUAUUGUUUUUUUUUUUUUAACAGUUAAAGGAACACUAUGCUGUAUACAUGACCUUAUAAACAUGUAUUCCUGACCCUAUAGUGUUAAAAAUGAUAUCCCUUGUCCCUGCUAAAUAAGUUUAAACUUUUUUUUCAGCACCGGGCGGGUCUGCUGCACCUGACCCGCCUCCUUGGCUGACAUAAUCAGAACUGAUGAUCUCAGCCAAGGAGGCAGGGCCAAAUGGCAGAGCCUAACAGAGCAUAGUGACACUAUGCCCGUUUUGCCCAUUAUAUUGCUUGAACAGCAUGAUGAACUCAAUUGGAAGUUCCUGAAACACACAAAAAUAAGCCCUGCUCUUAAAUUCUCACAACUCUUGGGCAGAAGCAAUGAUUAUAGUAUUUAUCAGCUUAAAUAAAUAAAUAAAACCCAACUCCCAUAGAGAUCUGCAAUAGUGUGCAUAUAUCGCUUUUGGGGGGUUUUGAAGUCCCUGAAACAGUCACAAUGUAUGCAAAUUACAGACUCCAUUAGAUUCAUCAUGCUCAUCUCAAUGCAUAAAUAAACUAUCCAUUCCAAACCUUCAACAUUAAUAUCAGACUCUACAUAGAACAAUGGCACAUCACAUAUUGAAUCAUAUUUAAUAUGUUGCUAGAAAAAAAAGAAUGAGUACAUAGUUCUUUCAGUUGUGGAAAUACACAUCAGCAGAAGUGGAUACAUACAUUUUAAAACUGUCAGACUUCCAGUUACAAUUCCCCUCUAGUUAGACACAUUAUAUAAUAAUGUGAAUUUAAGUAUUGGGUGUAUUAAGUUAUAAUUACUCUGAAUCAGAUGCUGAACUGCUAGCAGAGUUGACCCAGCCAGUGAUUAAGGAGUUGUAGAUUUAUUACAGCCUGAUAUAACCUCAAACGCAAGACACAUUCAGGUUUUUGGUUUCUUAUUUUUAAUAGGGACUUUAGUCUUUAUUUUAUGAAUCCCCUUUAUUUUAUCUGAGAACAGCAUACGGUUAAAAAGUGAACUUGUGUUCACUGCACUACUAGCUAUAAAGCAUGAGUAGCGGUUUAUGCAGAAUGGGUAGCAUUUUUUAUUUGUAUUAUGUUCCAAAUGAGUAUCAAGAUAUCCAUCAUAUGUUAGCAUGUUUUAUACGCAGUGAAUUUUAGGAUAUUUUGAUAGAAGAUAUUUUCCCUUUGUAACCGAAAGUCUUGUCCAUAUAAUCAGCUGGUUGAAAUUAAUCCGUCACCAAAGUAUAAUUUGGCACUUUUUCAUAUCAAACUUUUUUUUGUUUAUUAUUGUUAAUCACUUAGGAGAAGUAACACAGACGAUGGCAUUUUAUAGCAUUUUUUUGCAAUCACUUUCAGAUGUUUGAGCUGCAUUUUAGUAAAAAUAUAUUUAACUGAUGUUUUCUGCAUUAAAUGACUGCUAUGGCGUUUUAUCAAGUAUGUAUGAAAUGCGAGGGAAUUUCAUAGCGCUUAAAGCAGUCAAAAACGUGUUUUUAUUUACAGAAUUUGCAGUAGUACAUUUAUUGUAUUUAAUGUGUAGAUAGCUUUUAUUAACCUAUACUCUGUCUUAUUCUGCAUUGUUUUGUAACCGUAAUAAUUUUGUAUUCUCAUAGGAAACAAAAUAAGAUGAAAUAAUAUCCAAAACAUUUUUUUAAUAAAAAGGAUACGUGCAAUAAGAAAAAUAUUAAAAACUAAAAUUCUAUAUUUACGAACACAGGUUACUCAUCCAGGACUUUUAAAGUGGUGAUUAAACUGUAGCAAUGCACAUUGGAGGAAUGUAAUGAUGAGUAGGUACCAACCAACCUUUGAUACAUUUUAAGGGUUAGUAAAUUCUUUACAUUUUCCUUUGGACAUUGCUGUAGUUGAAUUUAGCCCUCAAAAGUGGUGUGCACAGUGUGAAAGUUGUAAUUGAAAAACGCACUCCAGAAAAAGAUUAAAAGGAAGCUGUAUAGCUUGCAGUGAGGUAGGAAAAAGGCUCUGUGGUAAAGGCAGCUAAUCUUGCAAUUUUGGCUUGAUUGGGUUGUCCAAUGAGUUAUUCCUGGUAAUUUAUUUGGGGGAAUGUUUACAUGGCUAGGUAGUUUUAAGAGGAGAAAAAGGAGGCGACCCAAUCCUAACACCAAACAAAAUUGAAACCCAGUAUUUUGCAGAGAGAAAAAUGAAAUAAGAAGUCUACUAUAUACACAACUUCUUUAUUUUCCCUAAGUGAAAAAUCUCAGGUCCUUUUUAAUCUGAUCCAAGUGCUUCUUCACACCACUUCCUUUUCAGUGCAGCCUCUCAAUAAUUAAUAUUUUAAAAUAAUUGUUAUAAUAAAAAGUCUGCAAAAUAGGGGCACUCUCUAGGUAGCUAGAACAAGGGGAUUGUCUCUUAAUUUGAUUUUAUAGAACAAACAGGAUAAUUGGGGGGUUAAAAGAAAUUCUGCACUUUUAGGGUCUAAUUCUAACUAAAUAUUAGAAAUUGAAGAAUAUUUACAGGAGACUCAGGGUUAAUAAUAAAAUGGUGCUAAAAAUAAAUAAAUAAUCACACCUGGGGUUUUUAAGGAGUCCACUCAGGGAACCAACAAAAACCCUACUGCAACGUUAACAUUUUAACUUGCUGAAAUCCACUGGAAGGGUUAUCCUUAGAUAAGAUAGUAUUUCAUCCACUUGUGGAAAAAGCAGCUGAGCGUAAAACAUAAAAUGGCAGGGGGAUUGGAAAGCCACUGGACCCCCAAGCUUAACAAUUCUUGUAGUUUGUAAUAUUUUGCCACCACUCCCAAGGCCACAGUGUCUACACUGGAGGUAAAAAAAUCUGUACAGAUCUUCAUUUUUUUGCACUAGAAAAAUUUUAUGGAGCAAUGACAAGAUUUAGAAAAGCCAGUUUGACAAUGUUACCUCAGUUCAGGGCCUAUGGAGCAGAGCUCAUGGUUACGUUAAGAAACACAUUUUAAACCAUUUAAAAUCUACAAAUAGGCAGCAUUAAGCAAUGCUAGUUAGACCCAGGCCUGGAAUAUAUAUAUUUUAAUAGUAACUCGAGUUCUGCUACUACUGCCUGAAAUUCCACCCCAUUUAUGGUCAGCUAAAUGCCCAGUAACAUUAUUUUUUUUUUGUAAAGAAUGCUGUUAUAUUAACAGCCAUUAAUUUGUAAAGUGAAAUUUGUGUAUCAAUAAAGUGCUUGAAUCUCCUAACAUUUUUAUAAAAAAAAAAAAUGCACAAAGAAAAAAAAAAACUAUCAAAAUAUUCAAAAGGCUAAAUGUUUCUGAUGAUUGGGACCAUAUUAAAAUUGUUUUGGGUUAGUGGAAAAGGUGGAUACUUACUCAAUGGGGAAACAAAUCUCAGUUGAUUGAAAAUAUUGUUAAUGGUGAACUCCAACUGUUGUGGACUACGUGCCCACAAUGCCCAGCUCACCAUUUGGCUGAGUGUAUGACAACAGCUGGAGCACUACAGAUUAGUCAUCGAACGUGGCAGACCACAGACUGGUUUUGUCCUUGUUUCAGAUUCAGCACUGGGCUGGUCCCAAUUAUUAUUAUUAUUUUUUAAUUUAUGUUAGAGUUAUCCAGUCAGUUUAGCAGGUUCUAAAUAAGAGUGCAAUUAUUAACAAUGUGUAUAGCUAGCUUCACACUGGCAUAUACAUAUCUGCCUUUAACAGCACAAGACACCACUGUCCUGAGUUGAGAUUCCUGUUCGUCAAUACAGCAGCUGUGAUAUCUACCUGUAACUUUUUGUAGGGCCAAUUCAUUGUGUGUCGAAGCCUGCCUGCUCCCUGGUAGUGGAAGUGUUAAAUCAAUAAAGCCUACCAAACUAUUUUAAGGUCGGUAUACGGAUACUUCAUGUAUUUCUGAACACCCAUCAUGAUGGGUACUGCCCUAUUAUAUAUAUUAUUCAUAUAUUUUAGGGAGAAAAAAAAAUAGAGUAGGCAAUUCCUUCUGAAUUCCAGUGUGAUUGUGACUAUUUACUCCUGUUGCAUUUGAAUGAUAUAUGCCUCCAAGCAUUACUUUGCAGGGCAUGUCCAUCCUGAAAAAGUAAAGUGUUCAGAAAAACAUGGUAACUAUUUUUUGGCCAUGGUGAAUAGAAGGCCUCAACAAGUCAAUCAUUAGGAUUUAUUCACUAAAAUGAGUUGUGAUGAAUAGACAACAAAGUCUCAAAAUUUAGGUCACAAUAGUAGGAUUCGACAAAAAAAAAAUGAGGAGGAUUUUUUUGUCCUACAUUGUAUAAACGGUUUCCAACUUGCCAGUAAAGAGAUGUUUAUUGAAUACGCAGCUAAGUGUAUUAUGGUUGACCGGUAGAUAGCACAGCUGCUUGGAACAAGCCUCAAUUAGUGCAUUGAUUGAACUUUUAAGGCUAAAAAAAUAAAAGUAACAAUUGGUAAAAAUUAAAAUUAACUGGAAACUACUUGGGAAUAAUUCACUUAAUAGGCAACGAGUAAUCCUUGAACUUACAAUAUUAUAAGGACUGUGUGAUUUUUCUAUGUUUACCAUUAAAAAAAAAAAGUCAUUUAUAAACCAUAUAUAUUACAAAAUAUAAAUGUCAGAGACCACAUAGGUUAAUGGAGCUUAUAUUUAACCUAAAACAAGAAGUUUUUAAAAAUGGGGGGAAAAAAAAAUCUGGAUUCAUGAAUUCAAGCAGUGAGUUGGGGUGAGUUGAUACAGUUAGGGAAAAACUAAAAUUACCAACUAGACAAUUCUGUUUAAAUUUUGCAACUUGGUUGUCAUAUUCAUGUUUUGUGGACAAAAACAUGGAAUCCUGUAAUGGCAUCAUUGGAAAACUGGUUACAGUUAGAACAUCUGGAAUACAUUGUUCUUAGACUAUAAGUGGAGAAUAAGCCAUUACCAAUUUACUGCCUUCGGUAUUUUUUGGUUUUGUUGUUCUUUAAAUUAUCUAGCAUUGCAAACUCAAAAAUGUAGUCUGGCUCAAUACACUGGGAUGUAAGAUCAAUAGAUCUGGUAAUAUCAAUAGACAACUUUACGGAAAGCACGUCAAAGCCAUAAAAACCUUCUUAAAGCAUAAAAUGAGCCAGGUGACAGUAAAUUGGGAGAGAUACCCAUUCUACGAAAUGGACAUCAAACUUGCCAUGUUCAUACAGAGAUAUACAAUGUCUCUGUACUGAUGCAAGUUUUUUAAUGAAACAUUGUCUAUAGUUAUUGUAGAAUAAUUAUCGUAACUAAGCUUAAGUUGUGGUUUUUCUUAAAAAAAAAAUGUAUUUGUAGUUACACAACUCUAGUGCUUGAAGAGCUGAGGUGAUUUUGAAUGCUCAUACUUUGCUGUCCAACUAUAGAUGUAGGCUUUAAAGAAAGGGAGUUGUUAUAAAGGAAGCCAAGAUAAAUCAACAUGUAUGUAUCAAGUUGUUGAGUCUUAAAUGGACAUUAUUUGGAAAUCUAAGAGUAGUUCUAGAAGACAUGACUACUUUGUAUCUUUCAGUAGAAGGCAGCUCUGCACUGUUCUCAUACUGUUCUCAUACUUUGUACUUCAGUCAAGUCAGAGGUUCUCAGAUCCUCAUUUGACAUCUUGACAUGUCACAGGAAACUAAAAUAAAAUGGCUUCUGAAAUGUCCCAUCUCUGUAAUUUAACAUCUGUAUUACAUUUGUAAUUUUAAGUGGAAAAUUAGAACAAAAUCAAAUUACUGUAAUUACUUGCAUUGCUUUUUUUUUUAUCGUCACAAAAGUUUUGUCCUCUAUUAAAAGAAUAAAAUUCUCUGAUGGGAUGAGAACAGUGAUGGAUUUCUUUUUUUGACUGGUAAAUUUUACCCACCCUUACCAAAUGUCUAUCAGUAGAUGUGGAUUAGGUGAGAUCUUGCCUUACAGCAUUUUGAUGCACUAUGGUACCCGUCGUCUUCUGGCAGACCGUGACAGAUGGUUGUUGAAUUUAAAUGGCAAAAAUACUGGUAAUCUUACAGGGCUAGAAUUACUAGACGUCUGAUAUCCCACAUGCACCAGGCCAUAUGCCUCCUAUCAGAAAAGUCUGUUUUCUUGACUAUACAAACUUUGUUUUAAAACUGUGAUAUGCAGGUAACUGCAAACGGUUUGUGACGGAGGUGUGAUUAUAUAUUCAUCAUGCCUUAUAUUGUAUCUUGCCAACAGGAACUCCCUGAAAUCCUACCUUUAGUAAAAACCCUGUAAGUGUUUGGCUGCAAGUCACAAAAAUCUUCUGGUAUACAGGUGAUCGGUUUCAUGCAAAGCCUGCAGAUUAAUGUAUAGAAUAUACUAAACUAGGAUUCAGAGUAAUAUGAGAACUAUUGUGUUUAUCGAAUGAGAAGAGGGUUAGAGCGAGUGUCUGAGAAUGAGGGAGUCGAGAGCGAAGUGCAGCAAAGGAUUUCGUAAGUGAAUUGACCGCUGGUUCAUAGGUUUCAUUUAUUUGACGUUGUAUGGGUUUUCAGAAAACGUUUGCGUGAAGGAAUGCAAAAAGUAAAGUGGAAGAUGGAAAGUUUGGAAGAUUAAUUGUAUUAGAACAGAUUAUGACAGAAGUUUACUGAUAUCUUUUAAGAAAAUAAUAAAAUGCAGGAAACAAAAUUAGUAUUUUAUAAAUUUAUGAAAAUGUAAUAUGUUGAAUUUCACCUCAACAUUAAAAUCCAAUUUCCGAAAGAGAGCUGUUUUUUUUUUUUCUUUUAAACCGUCUUAGGAAUUUGUAUUUUAUAGACUGUAUCAGGUACCAUUUCUGUUAACAUGCUGAAUGGUAAUUGGCCAUAAUUUUGAAAAAAUAAAGGGGUUUUUUGAGCGAUUGCAGAGGUGCAUGUAGGAGAGUUGAUAUUUUGUCAUUACAAUGGGAUAGUUUUGCAGAAGUAGCUAUACUAUAUUAUCAUAUUUAGACUUACAGUGACGUCUGUAAAAAACAAUCUUUCAUUCUAUUAUUUUGAAAGAAACUACAAGUGUAUCAUUUUAAAUCUUCACUCAUUCUACAUAGGAGAUCAGGAGAUAAUGGAUCAUUGAAAUUAGCAUAUUCUCAUAUAAAACAAGAAAACUAAUUUUCACAAGAUAUGGGUCUGUUGCAGUGUAACAUGAUGUGAUAAUAUUCUAGCUGUGUCUUGGGACCUCAGUCAGCCAAAGGGAAGCUGUUGUCCAGCUUUGGUUUAGAAAUGUAGAAAAAUAAGAAACACAUGUUUAACUUAACUUUUGUUAUUGAAUUUCAGCUCCCAAUGUGUGUAUUUCACAGACCAAAGUGGUGCUAAAUGAGCUUAUAUUUUGUAAUAUUUAUGUUGAAAUAAAGAAUAAAAUUAUUAUUUUUUUUAGAAACUAAACAUAUUGUCUCUAAACUCUUUAAACAACAUUUGUCAAAUAUAGUGAUCCAGCUAGAUUAGUAUUUGUUUCGAGAGCUUAGAUAAGGAGUCACACAGUUACAUCUUGGAAAUUGUAAGAUACAGUUUGUCUUUCUUUUUUGUAAUAUUGUUUAUGUUUACAUCAACUACAUCGUAUAUUUCUCAAAAACAAUAAAGUUGUUUUUUCUGUGUUUUUUUUUAAUGGACUGUAGUUUCUGUUGUAUUUUUUUGGUGUCAGUCAUUAUUCUAUUUGUACAGAUGCAAACUCCUGUGGGCUUAAUAUUGAGAUAUUCUCCUUAUAUCAGGCGUGCAUUAAAGGAC